GGGUGGGGUUUGUAGCUGCGGUCCUCUCACACACACAGAUACCGUCUCCGCAGCAGCAUCGCCCGCCGCCAUCUUAGCUCAGCACCCGGAGAGACAUAGCGGCAGCCGGACCGAGAGAGGGAGGACGGGCGGGCGGGCGGAGAACAUGGCCGGAGUGUGGCGGCUGUCCCCGGCCUCCCUGCUGCUCCUCGCGGGGCUGCUGUGCGAUGUGUGGGCCGCCAGAGGUGAGACUGCGGGGCAACUGGGCGGGGCUUAACCUGGACCGGGGGCAACUGGGCGGGGCUUAACCUGGACCGGGGGCAACUGGGCGGGGCUUAACCUGGACCGGGGGCAAAUCAUGGGGCUUAACCUGACCUGGGGCACCAUGGGGCUUAGCACAGAGCUGGGGUAAGUGGGCGGGGCUUAGCACAGAGCUGGGGUAAGUGGGAGGGGCUUAGCACAGAGCUGGGGCAAGUGGGAUGGGCUUAGCACAGAGCUUGGGCAAGUGGGAUGGGCUUAGCACAGAGCUGGGGUAACUGGGAUGGGCUUAGCACAGAGCUGGGGUAACUGGGCGGGGCUUAGCACAGAGCUGGGGUAAGUGGGCGGGGCUUAGCACAGAGCUGGGGUAAGUGGGAGGGGCUUAGCACAGAGCUGGGGCAAGUGGGAUGGGCUUAGCACAGAGCUUGGGCAAGUGGGAUGGGCUUAGCACAGAGCUGGGGUAACUGGGAUGGGCUUAGCACAGAGCUGGGGUAACUGGGCGGGGCUUAGCACAGAGCUGGGGUAAGUGGGCGGGGCUUAGCACAGAGCUGGGGUAAGUGGGAGGGGCUUAGCACAGAGCUGGGGCAAGUGGGAUGGGCUUAGCACAGAGCUUGGGCAAGUGGGAUGGGCUUAGCACAGAGCUGGGGUAACUGGGAUGGGCUUAGCACAGAGCUGGGGUAACUGGGCGGGGCUUAGCACAGAGCUGGGGUAAGUGGGCGGGGCUUAGCACAGAGCUGGGGUAAGUGGGAGGGGCUUAGCACAGAGCUGGGGUAAGUGGGAGGGGCUUAGCACAGAGCUGGGGUAAGUGGGAGGGGCUUAGCACAGAGCUGGGGUAAGUGGGAUGGGCUUAGCACAGAGCUGGGGCAAGUGGGAUGGGCUUAGCACAGAGCUGGGGCAAGUGGGAUGGGCUUAGCACAGAGCUGGGGUAACUGGGAUGGGCUUAGCACAGAGCUGGGGUAACUGGGAUGGGCUUAGCACAGAGCUGGGGUAACUGGGAUGGGCUUAGCACAGAGCUGGGGUAACUGGGCGGGGCUUAGCACAGAGCUGGGGUAAGUGGGUGGGGUAUAAGACAGACCAGGGGUAACCGUGAGCGGCAGCAAUGAGCUAGGGGUAACUGGAAGGGGCACCAGUGGUUUCUAUUUUGAAGGGCAUCAGCAGGUAACUUGGGGGGUUAUCAUGGCAGGGAUCUUUAGGGUUGCAGGGCAGUGGCUGAGUGAGCAACAUGGGAUCUGUAGUCCAUUGCAGUGGCUGUGUUUUGGGGGGGGUCCCUUAUAAGAGCCCCUUCAGUCCUUAUUCUCUGCAUGUUUGGGCCCCGGCACAUCCCAAUAAUACCCCAUAUUCACCUCUCAGGAAGCAGUUCAAGCCCCACAGUACCCUAAUUUGUCACCCUGUCAAUGCCAGCAGGUACUGUGUAAACCAAGGCUCCAUCUAACGGAUGGCAACUCCUUAUUUACCUGUUUCCUCAGCUCCUACAUCACCUCUUGCACUCAGAGCUGCCCUUCCCUAUACUCAUGUUUGCCUGGAUUUGGGCUAUGCGCAUAUUAUGCAGGGGUGAUCAGCAGUGUUGGAUUUCAAGAUGUUCUGAGGCAGCUGAUGGGUAGCAGUGCUGUGUUGAUCCGAUUGGACUGAUAGUCUGUAUAACUGUGCCAGCUUGUGGGGCAAUUUAAGGCAGGCCCCAUGGUAAACCUCUAUCAUCAACCACCCAUUUGGGUUUCAGUAAACUGCUCGGUAACGUGCGCAGAUUUACUUCUUUAAAGCUCAGUUCAGUUAUGGAUUAGAUGCUUUAAACCCCCAUUUGUGCUGGUUUAGAUAUUUAUCUAUAAUCAAGCAAGAGCUCAUCUGUAAGAUGCAUAUCGCUUCAUUAAGAACUGCUCCUGGGACCGACAAGCAGCAUUCAGUGCAUUAAUUGUGGCUUGCAGGGAUAAGCACCAUCCUGGGUGUAUUUUCUCAGGAGAAUGUCAAAUCAGACUGGGUUGGCCAGUGCUUUUUGUAUAGUGAUUGAGCCUCUAGUCUGUAGGUAUGCGCAAUGCAGAUCUCCCCUAUAAUAGCUUUCAGCUGAGCCUUUUCCAGAAGGGCUGUAGACCACACACUACCUUGAAAGGAUCAGCCCUUUCUCAUGUGGCAAUAAAGCAUCAUUAAACAAUGGUUAUAGGGGCAUCGGUUCCUUUGCUUUUAAAUGACUGCAUUUUCCAUAGAUGUUAAUAUUCUUCUAUUGUACGUCUCUCUUUCUGCACAGUUUGCAUUUAACAAUAUGCUUUUUCUAUGGCUGAGCUAAAGAUUGAUGUGAAAAGGUGGGGUUUGUCCUCUUGGCUCGUGAGAAAAAUUGCUCAGGGUACAACGUCUGCUUCAAGCCUUUCCCAUUAAUUUUGUGCUUGGGUUCUAAAAAUGAUAGAAAGGUAUAAUUAACGAUUUGAAGCAUAGAUCUGAUUUGUAGUAAAUGAUUGAUUUGACAAAUUCUUGGCCUGUUUUCUGUCCUCCAUUAGUGCAUGUCUAAAAAAUAAAUAAAACGGUCUAACUCUUCUCAGUUAUGGUUAUUGUGAGGACUCAGCUGUUUGUGAACUACAUGUCUCAUUAUGCUAAGCCAGCCUUUUUGCUGGGUGAGCAUCAUUGGUAAGAAUGAUUUAUUUGGGGGAGGUUGCCAACCAUAGCCAUCACUCACUUAUGUUUUGGACACUAUUUAAUGUUUUUAACUGCUAUCUGUCACUUCAAUUCAGAACUUGGUAAUACUGUAUCGAUAUGUUGCUUUAGUUCAUUUUUAACUCACCGCAAGUGUGUGGCUAAAUUUGUGAGAUCUGUGGUAUUUAAGAGAUAGAUAGAUAUAUAUAUAUAUAUUCUGUAAGUAUUCUUGCCCUGGAGCCAUGGUAAAAUAAUACCACUGGAAAAAUCCUUUAUUUUUGGACUGCGCGCAUCGCUUGGAGACAUUUAUAGAGAUAGUCUAAUGACAAAGUAUGCCGCCAUUAUUGGAAGGCACGCUGUUUAUUGCAAACUUGCAUAUAUUUUUUAUUUAACUGUUCCGUUGCUGAGAGGGGGGAGGGCAUCCUUUGAAAUUGAAGAGUAGGUAUUUUUGAAUUGAACACGUAUGACUGCUAAGUGUACAGUUAGUGACACUAGUGGGGGUUUAUUCCCUACACACUGUGCUGUAGUGAUUUGGAAACACAAACUGGAAUUUUUUUUAUUUUUAUUUUUUAAAGUAAAAAUAGUUAGUGCUGACAUUUUGUGCCCCCCUCCUUAAGUCACAGUGGGGCUAUUUCAGACUCUAUUCUACAUCUCUUUUUAAAUCACUACAAUACAGUGGACUGUAAGUUCGUUUGAGCAGGGUCCUCUUCAACCUAUCAUUUUCUUGUAAUUGUUAUAUUUAUAGUUAAAUCUACCCACUCAUAAUAUUGUAAAUCGCUACGGUAUCUGUUGGCGCUAUAUAAAUGGCAAUAAUAAUAAAGUGGAUUAGUGCUUAAACCCUAAUGAGCUGUCUUCAUACAAAAUGCUGAGAUUCUGUAAUGAGUAUAAUUUAAUUUAAAACACUUUUUUUUGUGGUUUAAUUGCUAGUGAUGAUGUACAAUUUGACAUUCCUAUUUUAAUGGCUAUGAUUUGGUUGUGUAUAAAAUUAACAAAGUAAAUUCAUCAAUGUGUAAAGCUAAUAUAUAGGCACACACACUGUUUGCCACAUUUCUGUGAAGGGCAAAGCGUGAAUGUUUGUUUUUAAAUUCAUAUCCUCCUGUGAAGUUUGAUGAUGGGGGUUAUCAAGCUGUGACACGUUCACAAAAUCAUACAAAGUGGGGGUCUGUGUGUGUGACGAGUGGGAGAGCUGAACUACAAAAAAAAAAAAAAAUACAUAUAUAAUUUUUUUUUAAUUCUCAUUUCACAUGUAGUACACGACUGGUUAUUAAAUUAUUUAGCUAACAGGAUAUUUAAUGCUGACAUAUUGUGUUGGAAUGACCAUUUACAUCAUUACUGGCUCUGAAUGGGAUAAUGUGUAUUUUGACUCCUUAACCCCGGAAUUAUGAGUAACAGUUUUAGUACUGCGGGGUUAGAUUAAAACUCCCAGCAUGCAGUAAGAACCUCUUGAUGAGGAGAGGGCUGGCCAUUCUUAGGCAGCGAUUGACACUGCAUUGUGCAAAUAUAACAUGACACAAGUGCAUGUCAUUGCACCCUCCAGCAUAUUGUGUGCAUUCCUUACCCUGCAGCAUUGUGCUGCUCCAAGUGAUGGCGCAAGGGGUUUCUUUCCCAGGAUUCAUCACUGCUUUGAAAAAGCCAAACAAGGAAUGCUGUUUCAGCCAAACCAUUUGUUUGCAGCUCUGAAUGCCUCAAUUACAGGGGCCGGGUGAGAGAAGUUGCUCUGGCUGGUUAGAAUUUAGGGAUUAUUUCACCAUGACUGGUCCCCUAUCAUCGGCUCCAGGUGCAUCUUGGGUGCAGAGUUUAAUUCCUCGCAAACGCACGCAGUCAGGAUGACAAUUCUAGAAAUUAUCAUUGAAUUAAUAGUAAAUACACCACACUUUAGUGAAAAUCUCAGGAGGGAUUGUCAGUUCUUCUUAACAUUUUUUAACCAAUAAGUUAUCGAGGCCUGGUGUAGGCUACAAAUCUAGAUUUCUAAAUAUUCCUAUAAAUCUCAGCCAGCCGAGGCAUCCUUAAUGUCUCUUGUAGGAGUAAUAAUAAUAAUGUCCUUACUGUCUGUGUCAGUAAAUACAGUGUCUCCUAUAAUUGGUCCUAUUGGUAUUUGUUUUAUUUGAAAAAAAGAUCUACAGUUGCUUUAUAUCUGAUUGGAAAUUAAGUUUUGUAUUCUCUAGUUAAAAAUGCUUUAACUGUACUAUUUUUUUUUUUUUUCAAUUCAUAUAUCAGUAAUGCCACAACAGCAUUCUCAAACGGUUUACAAGCACUUAUUCGCUAACUGCUGAACAGCAUCAGAGAAAACGCCCAAUUUUUUUGGUUAAUAAUGCAAGCUAGAUACAAGCUGGGUAACUACGUCUGUCAUUGUGAAUUAUUUGUUGAUUAAUAACAGUAGCUUAAGGUUGACUUUUGUUAAGUGUCACCGCUUUAGUGUCAUUGAUAUGGUUAUGCAUGACUAUGCUUAAGCAAAGGACAUACAUUUUGUUCAGUAACAGCAUAACACGCAGUAGGUAAGACAUUAAAUUAACGUUCAGGUUAUGAUAGAUUACGCAGUGCUGACUAAAGAGAAGUAUGCAUUUCUAUUUCGGUUUCCAGCUUAGCUAAUAUUAUCAUUUAAAGCAGGCUGCCACCAGGCAGAGCAUCACACAUUCCGCUAUCUCCCUCAGUACGUAUUAAGCUUAAACAAAAAUUUACUAUAUACAAGGUUAUAUGCAGAGGUUGUGUAUGUUAGUCAACGCAUACUGUACAUUAUGCUUCAUAUUGUGAACGGCUGGGGUCACCGCCAGCUCCAACUGAGCGCAAAGAGUGAAACAGCGGGGUCAUAGUCCAUGCCUAGGUGUGGGGAGAGCUUCCCAGUUGAUGGGCAUGUUUGAGUGCCGUGCCUUGUAAGCCUUGGUGUGCCGUCAAGGGCUGUAGCACCGUGCGGUCAAUGGUUGUGGCUGCUUUCCGUUUAUUCUUUCAGCACUUGCUCGGUCUGAUGUGGCCCGGAGUGCGCUUCGGGUAUUGCCGUUUGACACAGGUACGUGGAAGAAGUGCUGGCUGUGGUGGUUUUCGUCUGUCAGCAUGCAUGUGCCAGUGUCGCUGUGUGGGGGCUCAAGAGCCCGUAAGGACCUCCUGUGAUAACAGCUCAGGUUGUGUGUGUGUGUGUGUGUCUCGGAGGGAUUACCGUCCCAGUCAGCGAAGUUGCUGUGCAGCAGUCGGCCAUUUUGAUGAGACCGCGUGGUAGCCUUUCUCCUACUGCUUCGGGCCGCCCAGGUGAGAUGCAAAAGUUGUAGCCCGCCCGGUGGGCGCCGGGGUGACCACCCCCAGCCCACAGGGUGGGUGACGGGACCAGGAGUGCGCCAGCUAAAUGAUAGUUGCUGUCGGAGCGGAGAGCGAGGCAGCGGUCGUCCGCCUCACUCCCUUCCCGGGUAGGCCUCAAUCUCCGAGCCCCAGAGUCUCUCACCAGGACCUAGGGCCACCCUGCUACGGGCACCCCAGCUACACCGGGACACUCCAGAGCUUCUUGCCAUGGACCCCCGGGUCAGUAUAAGGUGGGUAUAUACCCCGAGUUUCUUCGAUUCCUCGGGGAGCCCUUGUGAUACGCAGCCUGCUGGCAUGGCCGCCAGGCCCCGCCCCCUUAACUGUAAUUUUUAAUGGGUGUGUGGGUCACCACAUAGUCUCUGUCUCUGCUCCACAGAGGUCGUAAGAUAGCAUAUCCCACCGUAAGCCUGUCAUAGGGAUUGCAUUAGGAGGUCAUUUGUGCCAGUGAGUAAGGAUUUUUUCUUUUCUUAGAUUUUAGAUUGGGAAUUUGUAGGCCUGAUAGGCUAAUUGGCUUUUAUCUGCCAUGAAAAGGUAUUUUUAAAUUACCUUGUAUGAUAAAGUAAAGUGCCCUGCUCCCAUUUCUAUGUGAAACACUGCUUAGAACAUAAUCUUUGAUCCAUAGAAUUUUUCAUUUCAGAACAAAAAUGAUCUUCUAUCCAUUAUUUUAUUUAUUUUUUGCACGUUUACAUAGUUAAUGCUUCAUUUAACACACUCUGCUUGAUACCAGCUCUGUUUAGCGCUGAUUGGAGAUGCGCAGUGUGAGUGUAGAUUACAAUUUUACACAACAGACACAAUCCAGCACCCAUUUAGUUAUUUUGCAUUUUUAACUAUAAUUUUCAUGUAAAAAAAAAAAAAAAAAAGGAUCAGAACUUCUGGUUUAAAGGGACACAACGCAGCAUAACUACUACAGUGUGUCAGGAAUCCACAGUCCUUCCAGUCUGAGAUGGAGUGAUAAAGAUGAUCAUUCUUGCGCAUAAAUCAUACCAAGUCAGGACCGCCGUAUUCAUUGGACGAAAGUGUCAGCUUACAGCUCCUGGCCAAUUAAGACUGUUUUAGCCUGAUACGAUUUAUGCACAAGUAUUAACGUCUGCUUUAUCAAGGCAACUCCGACUGAAAGGACUGCAGCUCCAGACACACAAAGGUUGGACAUCGCUUGUGGACUCCUGGCAAUAAAGUCUCUCUAGUUUGCUGUAUUGGUUAUGGUUCUUUAAAGAUAAUCGGCUGUGAGAGUGUAUUCGUCUGUAAAAAGUAAAUGUAGUUAAAUUGUCCCAGUGGCCUUUCAAGCUUGUCUCCAAAUAUAGCCACUUUACAUGCUAUCAGGGGGCAGAUAUGGUCACUUUGCAUGUUAAAGGGAACUUGUUUAUUUUGAGAUAAUGUUAUCUGGUUACAAUUAAUAGAUCCUGUCUAUAAGUUUGCUUUUCUUUCUUAAAAAAAUAAAAUAAAAUUCAAAAGAUUAGUAAAGAUUAUUCAACACUGAAUGUUUUGGCAUUCUUACCUCCUCUUUCUCUCCCCCAGGGCUGUUCAAACUUCCUUUUAAGGAGGAGAAUAAUUUAAUGGUCCUUUUAUCAUUUUACAGAUACAGUCCAUUUUUAGACUUGAUAUUAAAGUGAGCAUUUAAGAAGGCCACACAAAUACAUUUACUUGCUCUACCUUCUGGCUCCUAUAAAAUGAUUGGGACUAGUCCUCCUUUCUUGGCUAAAUCUGUCUCCUGUGGUUGGCUCUUUAUUUUUCUGGAACGCGAUUUAUAGGCCAGUAUGUCUUGAACAGGCUGGAGAAUAUAGUUGCCUUGAAAGUGGUUAUGGUGCCUAGAGUAACCAUUUAUGAUUAAACGUUAAUCAGACAAGGUAAAAUAACAUCACUUUAGUCACUGUAUAGGACCUGGGCUGUCAAUCAUGGCAAGGCAGAUAUCUGCUAAUUAAUUAUCCAGGAUUUCCAGUCUGGCAAAGCAUCAUGAGAGAUGCAGUUUACAAACAUCUGUUUUGUUAGAGUUGGCCAUCACUGACAAUACAAUUACCCUAAAUAAUUGUAGAUAUGUUUGCCCCGAGGUUGUACUUCAAAAGAGGUGCUUUGUGAUGACAAUGUUGUUAAAUUCUUUUUGUACCUCGAGGCUUUCAAUGUGUACAGCAUUUGGGCUGAUUGCAAACAGCCAUUAGUCAUCCAUUGAAUGCCUGCCAUUCUUCGCAAAUUACCUUAAUUCUCUGCUCAGAGAAGGCGUCUUUGAACUGGAAGGUGUGUGUAAUGUUCAGCAUCAGGUCUUAUUGUUUAGCUAUAAAAGCACCUUGCUCCCAAUAAUAAAACACAAUGAAUGUAAAGGCAAGUCGUGGGCAAGUCUAGUCAAUAUAUCGUGUUUUAAAUGCCUCACAGACUCGAAAUCUGCCACGAGACAGCAUAAGUUGCAUUUUAUGUCUCGUUGCUGCCGGCAGGAUUUCCUUUGGCUAGUAACCAUUCCGAAUUCAUCACCAAAAUCACAUUUCUUGCCUUUAAGAAAUGUGUAUCAGUGUUUAUAGUAUUCAGUGUGUUUUACCUGCAGAAUACUUGGACUGUGUAGAAAGCCCUCAUCGUCUAUAUCUGAGUGUGUAUAAACGAAAAGAAAAGUGUUUAACGGGUUUGUUUGUUUUUUACGUUGGGCAUUACUAUUCGGUCCUCUCUGUAAAACCCUGUGAUAUGAAGCAGAAACCGGGCAAAGCAUCCUCAGAACAAAGCAUUUGAUUAACCCGUAUUAAGGAGAUGCUGAUUUAUACAACAUAUACAAAGGGUAACCGGCAUAAGAUCUAGGGGAAAAAAAAGAAUAUUCAACACCAUAGUGUGAAACUAUUAACUAAACCCCCCCUCAAGAUGAGUUGCACUCACAAGCAGCAGGUACGAAAGAGAACAUCAAGGUGCCUCACCAUGUGUCGUUGGGAGGCAAAGCAGUUCACACCCUCCGAGAACUGCAUCACCUGAUCCUUCCAACAGCCUCAGCCAGGAUUGGCAUUUAGUAAAAGUUUUAUUAUUCAUGAAGAAUAAAAAUGAAAUGCUGUACAAUCAGUCCUAUGCGUUUCGUCCACGUAGUGUAGAUUCUUGGGGACCAAUGUUCUGCGAUGAAAAGUAAAAACAGAAUUGCAGAACCAUCAGUUGUAUCUGUUCUUCCUCGCCCCACAAGGUGCAUAUUAACUCUACUUAAUCUUUUUCUUAUCUUCACGUGUGUUUUGUUUGCGUCCAAUCGUGACUCCUCCUAUGUCCAGAAUCCUUAUGUAUGCAUUCCAGUUAAUGCUGUUGUGUGUUCCUUUCAGAACACAUCCUAAUUGUGCCUUCAACCACACAGUGAUGUUAGUUGGACCAGAUAGCGGAACUGGUUCCUGAACUUGGCAGAAAAUACAAUACAUAAUAGAAUCCCAUACACAAGAAAUAAAAAAAUAAACAAAAGAAAGUGAACAUGGAUAUCAGUGAGAUAAUGUAUACUAAUCAAUAAAUACAUAUCGAAAUACUCCUAUCUGAGGUGAUUCAUUUCUUAACAAAAAUAUUCUUUAUACAAAAAAAUAGAUAUGUACUCGAUCCAGGGGACGUGGCCUGACGGUUAAGAUGGCUGGACGUGUUUUUGCAUGGCUCCAGCUCACUUUAACCUAAACUGUGUCCAAAUCACCUUAAAGUAACUCAGUCUGCAGCUGAAGCAGGAGGAUAUCUGACAAUGUCGUUGCCAGCAUUGCUACACAUCUGAUUUGUUCCAGUCAGACAAGCUUUUAUAUCGACCUGAUUCUGCGGCCUAGUGGAUCCGGUGAUUGGGGAGGCGGACGAUCUUUCAAACCAGGAAACGCUGCUCAUUGCAGCCUCUUCACAGCCCCGUUACCCCUCCUCUGGACUGGUGGGGGCUAUCACAGUCUCCUUCUGUUAGAGCUACUGAUAAACAGAGUCAAAGAAACUUGCACCUCUUCACAAGCAGAGCCCUUGUAUCAAAUCCAAGAUGGCUGCCAUGUCAACUGAGCAUCCAUUAUCUCAGUGGGAAUCCAGGUUCAGCUCCGGCUUUUGACCCGGAUUGAGUCCCGCCAAUAGCGGCAAACAUUUCUCAGCUUUGACCUCAGAGAUUUCCAGCUACUUUCCAAAGCUCCGUUCUUCUUCCCGGCCGAGAGCCAAGACUUAUUAUCCAACCAUCAGCCAGCCACUACCCUGUGAGACUGUUGCACCAGGAGUCUUGGAAGCAUUUAGCCCUAACACUGUAACUGGAGGGCUUGGUGAAGAGCAGGCACUGGCUCGUACACCGGCCUGGGCUUGGGGAGCAAAGAAGCUGGUGCAUAUUGCAUUUUGCAACUUGGAGGAUCCCUCUAUGCGGCGUGGAGGCAGCGGAGGAUUCACUUUACAUCUGGUGAAUGACGGUGGAACCGGCUCCCACUUGCCAUCUAACUGUGGCUUCGGUUUUAGCAGGGACCUUCAUAGUCUCACUUUGGCUAUAUGCUGUGAUCCCCUAUUGCUCUACCUGUUUAUAGGUGUACCAUUUUUUUCAUUGCCUACUGCUCUAAUCUGCUAUAUAUCUGGUGGAUCUUAUCUUUACGGUUCAUCUUUCCUCCUGCAAUGUGUUCUGUUAUAAGCCUUCCUAUUCCCAAUCAUAUGCUGGCGAGCGCUUGGUGAUAUAACCUUCCACAUCUCCAUUUGUAGGGCCGUGCUUACUUCAUCAGCCUAGGAAUUACGGUCAUACUUGCUCGCAUCACUUUCCAUGCUCACUCUAGUAGGCAGUUAAUGUGUUCUGUCUCUUCUCUGUUCAUAACAACACCAGCAUUUGGCUCAGCUUUGGAUAUAUUGUUCUACAGUGCCGCACCUGCAGGCUAAAUGUGUGUGUUUUUUUUUUUAAUAAAAUGUGUGACUCUCAUAACAUACCAUAUGCACGCCACUUUUCUUGUAUGACAAAAUUCAUGUCCCUAUACUCUUGUUUGUUACUACCGCACAACAAAAAUAAAGUGCUCGAUCCUAUUAUGUGUAUACAAUCUAAAUUCAUAUAAAGUGUCCUGUAAGUACUGUGUUAAAUGUUACAGUAGAUCCUUGCACUCAGGCCAAACAACUGGGAAUAUUGUCGCGUGCUGUAAGCAAAGGCCAAUGUGUACAACAAAGAUAUGAAGGUAAUCUGCACUCAAACCACUCAGACGUUUUAUACGUUAAAAUACCAUACUUUAUUAGAAAACAAAAUGUAGAUCGUUUCAGUCCUCGUCUGGGACUUUCAUCAGGCUCAGAAAUAAAUUAACACAGAAAAACAAACCUAUUUAUGCCCAUAAAAUAAGAAUUGCCAGCCGCGUCCCACUGCCCACAUGUGCUCCGCCCCCAAGUACCGUAAUGAUGCGGUUGUGUAACCUUAGCGAUGGAUACAACUAGGUGUAGGUCUUACAGUUUAAAUAUAUGUAAUCCAUAUACAAAAUGUUAAAAUCGAUAAGGUAGUGAAACAAUAAAGUGCAGUGAUACUGAAUAAGCUCUGCUGUCUUCGGCGUGACUCUUUUCAUUGAUGCAGUCUAUACCGCUAUUACUGUACCACCAAUGAAAAGAGUCAGUCUGACUUGUGGACACGCGCGAUACGUCACUUCCAGUGACGCUCGCACACAUUCUAUAUGUUUAAAUAUUUUAAUACACUAGAACACCAAUGAAUAAAGAGUAUGUAUUAUGGACAACCUGAACCGGAAGUAAUUAGUGAAAUGAAGCCAACCAGGAACUUGAAGCAACAGCUGAUGUAAUUAAUGUAUAAUUAUUUAACCUAUAUAAACUGACUUUGUGAACAGAACCUCCACACUUCUUAUGAAACCCCAAGGUGAAACAUGUAAAGUGUGGUUUUAUAGUAUAUUUAUAUUUUCUGUACUAUUUCUUGCUUUUUAUAUUGUAAUUAAAUUUAAAAGGAUUAACUUUAUUUUGUUUUUUUAACUCUGUUACUGGCUUCCUGGUCCUGCAAAUCCCAGGUGGGGAUUAUACCACCAAUGUUCUAAACACCAGAGCAGGUCCAUGCUCUGGAAAAUGUGAGUGGGAUGAUGGCUACUUUUUAAAUCUAUAAUAUUUUCUGCUGCUGUAUUGUACCAUUGGAUAUUUCCACAUUACUCCAGCAGGUAGGUAAUACUACCAAUGCUGCAUUAUAUCCUUAGACGGGGAUAAUACCGUCCACACUGAAAACAGCAGAGCUCUCAGUAGCUCUACAAAGUGUGAGUGUAUCCUUGUUACACGAUUAUAUUUUAGCCUAUUGUUAAAACGUUUUUCACAAUUUUUGGAAAAUAGUGUACGUGUAUAUAUAUAUUUUUUUUAUUGCCGUGACGUUACUGAUUCUCUUUAGGCGCAGCCUAUUUGUUUAUUUUAAAUGUUUUCACAAGGUUGGGGAAUCCAUGUAAGACUUGCUGCCUUUCUAUUGUAUCUAGUGAGCACCUAACUUUUGCACUUUUUUUUUAGAUCACAGAAAAGCAUGAGAUGAACUGUAUUCAACUCAAAAAUCCAAAUUGUUUUCUAUUAAGUAACAAUUUCCCACGGUCUCUGCCACGCUUGAGUAGUGGAAUGUGGUCUGGACCAACAAACUUAAAGGAUGUUUGUGGGUGGUGUUGGUCCAAAAAGUACCGUAUUUUUCGCUCCAUAAGACGCACUUUUUUCCCCCUCAAAAGUGAGGGGAAAUGUCUGUGCGUCUUAUGGAGCGAAUGUGAAGAAUUACUUACCUGUCUUGGAGCAUGGGCCGGCUUCACAGCGCGCUCCGCGGUCCAGGAACUUCUAUUUCAGGUUCCGGUUUCCGGCGGGACUGAAAGGAAGUGUGCACACUUCCUUUCAGUCCCGCCGGAAACCGGAACCUGAAAUAGAAGUUCCUGGACCGCAGAGCGCGCUGUGAAGCCGGCCCACGCUCCAAGACAGGUAAGUAAUUAUGGGACAAGGGGAGGGGGAGACACUAUGGGACAAGGGGAGGGGAGGAGACACUAUGGGACAAGGGGAGAGGAGGAGACACUAUGGGAGAAAGGGAGGGGAGACACUAUGGGAGAAGGGGAGGGGAGGAGACACUAUGGGACGAGGGGAGGAGACACUAUGGGACAAGGGGAGGGGAGGAGACACUAUGGGACAAGGGCAGGGGGGGACACUAUGGGAGGGAAAGUGCACUAUGGGACAAUGUGAGGGGGGGACACUAUGGGAUCAGAACACUAAUGGACAAGGGGAGGAGGGGUUAAAGAACACUAUGGGACAGGGUAGGAGGGGUUAACAAUCACUAUGGGACAGGGUAGGAGGGGUUAACAAUCACUAUGGGACAGAGGAAAGGGGGGUUAACAAUCACUAUGGGACAGAGGAAAGGGGGGUCAAAGAUCAUUAUGGGACAGGGGAGAAAAAAAAAUAUUCUGAACAAACUGUCCCAUGGUAAGAAACACUAUGGAACAGUUUGUUCAGAAUAUUUUUUUUUCUGGGUUUCCUCCUCUAAAAACUAGGUGCGUCUUAUGGUGAGGUGCGUCUUAUGGAGCGAAAAAUACGGUACUUUGCAACUGAUUGAUCAGUGUCCAUCCCUGUAAGCUACCUGUAUGCUGCACUGAUGUCCCCUAAUCCGUUCUCACAAGGGUGUCUCUGUUUUUCCUAUGUAGGCUAGUCCAUACGUGAUCUUUAAACUCCCAUGCCCUUGUGGACUAGCCUACAUAGUAGUGCUGGUGUUGCAUAGCUAGAUCAUUGUACAAAACCAACCAUUUUAUUAAAACCAUAUAAAGAAAAUCACUUGGUAUAAAACGAGCUAACCGGAGGUGUCUAUCUCACACCCGAUAAACGUAUAACAGAAAAAUAAAGUGUGUGUGUGUGUGUAUCUAUAUAUAUUUAUAUCUCUAUCCACAACUAAGUAAAGGAAUAUAUAAAAGAAAAGCAGAAGAGGUCCCCGAGGAGGGAUGAAACGCAUUGGAUGUUGGACUUUUCUAAUUUCUUUUAGUGAUUUGCAUGUUCGCUUUUUUUUUUUUUUUACGAGGUGGAACUAUACAAGAAUCUUCAGUUCCUGAGGUCCACUUAUUGUGGAGACAUGCUCAGCUUUUCUGUGUGACUUCAUCUUACUACUAAAGUACUAUUGGAACCAGACUUUAAAUUUGAGUUAUACCUCUGAGGGGAGACAUGCCUGCUAUUCAUUGACAUCUUAUUAUCUAUAUCCUAGGGGGUUGGAUAUCUAAUAUUCGUAAUUGAUCUUACUUGGUUUACAGAGCUUUCUUUUAUAUAUUCCUUCACUUAGUUCUGGGGGUAUAUAAUAUAUUUUUAAUUUUACUUUGUUUGUCAUUUCAUCUACAACUGUAUAACCACCAUAAUGAAACACGACCUGCAACUAAAGUGAAACCGAAGCUCAACAUAUUGUCAGUAAAUCGGAUUAGAACACAUCUCGUCCAUGCCGUCACGACCGCGGGGAUAGGAUUUAAAGUAUCACAGAAACUAAGGAAAGAACACAAACGGCAGCUAAUAGUUUGGCUGUUCAUAGGGGGUUCAUUGGCCUUUUUUACCUCAGUACAUGUUUUCCUCAUCCCCAGCAUUGUAUUAAAGGACCACUCUAGGCACCCAGACCACUUCAUCUUAAUGAAGUGGUCUGGGUGCCAGGUCCUUCUAGGGUUAACCCAUUUUUUCAUAAACAUAGCAGUUUCAGAGAAACUGCUAUGUUUAUGAAUGGGUUAAGCCUUCCCCUAUUUCCUCUAGUGGCUGUCUCAUUGACAGCCACUAGAGGCGCUUGCGUGCUUCUCACUGUGAUUUUUUUACAGUGAGAGCACGCCAGCGUCCAUAGGAAAGCAUUGAGGAUGCUUUCCUAUGCGACCGGCUGAAGGUGCGCGCAGCUCUUGCCGCGCGUGCGCAUUCAGCCGACGGGGCGGAUCGGAGUAGGAGAGGAGGCAGAGAGCUCUCCGCCCAGCACUGGAAAAAGGUAAGUUUUACCCCUUUUCCCCUUUCCAGAGCCGGGCGGGAGGGGGACCCUGAGGGUGGGGGCACCCUCAGGGCACUAUAGUGCCAGGAAAACGAGGAUGUUUUCCUGGCACUAUAGUGGUCCUUUAACUCCAUGUGUUCACAGAAGGAAAUCAAUUCUACUCGAGAGGAUUGUUGAGAAACCGCAGUGAUUAAUUGAUUUUCAGCCUUCUAGUCGUGCAUAGAUUUCCCGGCAGCACUUUAUGAAUGUCGAUUCGUUGCAGAUAAAAUUUCCACAAUUCCAAUUUUUUAAAAGGGCCAAUAUUAGUCAUGCUACAGUGUGUGAUUUGUACCCAUUCCACCACAGGUAUAUUUAGGGAGCUGCAUCCCUCUGUUGCUUUUGGAUCACAAAGUUCUGCUAUAAAUACAAGGUUAUUCACACAAAUGAAAUUUUUUCCAGAAUUUUAAAAAUCUAGGCCAAAUUAUUUCAGUUGGAAUAACUCUCCAAGUAGUGAGCUGUGUUUUUUGUUACGUUAAUUUUUCCACUCCAGUGUAGGCAUGUGGUGACCUAAGCAGCGCAGUACUGCCUAGGCUUGGGGUCUUGCUUGCCACCCAGGUAUUGCGUAUGGAUUUGGCAAUGAAUGAGGGUCACCGAGCACAAUGCUCCUGUGCUGGAAGUAAGGAUAAGGCAGAGUGUUACUCCAUAUUAGCCUUACCAUGCCGUACAAGCAAAGGCAGUGAUAGCUUGAGAGUGUUGCUUUGAUUAUGGGAAGAUUUAUUAAAUAUUUUCUGGUUGCUGUAUCCAUCCGGUUCUUGACAAAUGUCAAUUCUUCUUGCUGAUGUGUAGUACAUGAAAAGUGCUUCCUUAAAGAAUGUGGAAUUAAGUUGGACAGGAAGAAAUUGAAUUCAUUUAGCAAGAUUGGAUUUUAGACUACCGUGAUUCGUAAACUGUGUUAAAGGACCACUAUAGUGCCAGGAAAACACACUUGUUUUCCUGGCACUAUAGAGUUAAUAGGUCCCCUUCCCACUGGGCUCUAGGGGGAGGAAGGGGUUAAAUUCUUACCUUUUCCCAUCGCUGGGCUCCCUCGGCACUGGGGACUCUCCUCCUCCUUACGACGUCAUUGGCUAAAUGCGCAUGCGCGGCAAGAGCCGCGUGCGCAUUCAGUCAGUCCAUGGGAAAGCAUUCUCAAUGUUAUCCUAUGGACGCUGGCGUCUUCUCACUGAAAAUCACAGUGAGAAGCGUCUCUAGCGGUUGUCAUUGAGACCGACGCUAGAGGCUGGAUUAACCCAUAGCUAAACAUAGCCAUUUCUCUGAAGCUGGCAGGGUUAACCCUGGAUGGACCUGGCACCCAGACCACUUCAUUGAGCUGAAGUGGGCUGGGUGCCUAUAGUGGUCCUUUAACUCCAGCAGCGCAAUAAGAUGCCAAUUGGCACAGGGCAGCAUUUAAACCUUAUGUAUCUGGCAAACCCAGCUCUGACAGCUGCAAAUUUAGCUUUUUCUAGAUUUCUUAUCAUGCAACAUGUUUUAUAUUGCAGGAUUUUCUAUUGUUUUCAUCAGUCCCCUUCUUUAAUCUGUGAGCUUUGCAGUGGCUUUGACCCUUGUUUUUGAUCCGUUGAAUGUGCCCGUUUAGUCCGUCUGGAUACACUUCACAUGCCCUUGUUCAGAGCCAAACUGCAGUGAGUCAGUUUAUUUACUGCAGUCACAGAGCUGCUAUAUAAUUCAUGCACGUCUGCCAGCUGCAUUAUUUGAUUUGUGGUUAGGUUUCUUAUCUUUGAUUUACUAACGUGUCCUUUAAAUACUUCUGGUAUCAAGAUUUUGUCCUUUAAAAGUUUAAAAAAAAAAAUGUCUCUGAAGCUUCUGUCAAGAAGUGGCUUAACAAUCCAAACAGACCUGAUUUAUAAACCGUAGCUGUUGCUUUUAUUCUAACACUAAGGGUUUAAAAUAUAUUUUUGUUAUUUAUAUAUAUAUAUAUUAUAUAUUUUGGUUGCUGAUAUCCCCAAAUCAGACUCCAUGCCUUAUUUUAAAUAAACACAAAAAUGACAGUUUGUGAAUCACUUACAGCUACAAGCCUUCUUUGACACAAGGUUGACAAAUGUAGUGAGCAUUCUUUAUAUAUAAAUUCACAGAGACCAAAAUUGCAAAUUGGCUUUUACUUUCUUGGGUGUGCAGCAUCACUCCAGGCACUGCGGUAUUGGGAUUAGUGUGUGAACAUCCAGAUUUUUUUUUUUUUAAAUUAUUUUUUAACACUUUGACAUUACGCAAAUAUUCCACCCUCCUCACUCAUCACUGGUAAGAGGCUUAUUAAUUUUAUUUUCAGCAAAAACACUCAGGAUUGAAAUUUUUGUAUGCCACUGCUGUGGAAUGAAAUUUAAACUUAAAACGUGUGUAUGUAUGUGUGUGUAUGUAUGUGUAUGUAUGUGUGUGUGUGUGUGUGUGUGUAUAUAUAUAUAUAUAUAUAUAUAUAUAUAUAUAUAUAUAUAUAUAUAUAUAUUAUUUUUUUUUUUCCCCUACCCCCCCAUUUCUCUCUUCUUUUUUUUUUUUUCUUUUUUUCGCUAUCCUUCUUUGAUUCACCAUGUUUUUACAUAAGCGAGAGUAUGACCUACUUUUUCUUAUGGGGAGCAUAAUUUUGGCAAUAGGCGGGACCUAAGCACAGUUUCCGUUUUUGUUACUGGGAGAUGUCAUUGUAAGUGGCCACAGGUUCCUUGGAGUCAUUAGCAGAACUUGUUUCAAUGCUGGAUCUGAAAUUCCUUCAGAAUGUUUCACAACGAGAAAACUGAUCGUUGUAGGGUUAUAUAUAUAUAUAUAUAUAUAUAUAUAUAUAUAUAUAUAUUUAUUAUAUAUUUUUUUUUUCUGCCACAACAGAAAAGUGCGUUAGAAUAGGACACGUUAACCUUGGCCCCCGGCUUAACAUUUUUGCAAUCGUACUGUUUAUUUGUACAAGGCUCCUUGUGUCUGUACUUUUUGUGUGUCUUAUUCUGGGAAUUUCCUGGGAUCCAUUUCAAUUUUUUAUUUUUUUCCUAAGUAGGUGAUGGACUGAGCGUGUGAGUCUGUGGUUAAUGUCUUUUUGUUGUUUACACUCACAAACUUAAAUGGACACUACAGUCACCAAAACAACUUUAGCUUAAUUAAGCAGUUUUAGUUUAUAGAUUAUACUUUUUUUUUUUCACCGCUCUAUACUCUGCCAUGUAAGAGUUAAAUCACUUUUUCUGUUUAUCCAGCCCUAGCCUUACCUCCUCUAGCUGUGACUGACACAGCCUGCAUAGAAACAAAAUAGUUUAAUUUUCAAUCAGAUGUAUCUUACUUUAACAGUUUUUAUCUCCUGCUCUGUAAAUUGAACUUUAAUUACAUAAGUAGACAACCCAGGGCAUUUAAUAUGGGGUAUAUCCAGUCUUUUUUAGUAGCCACUUAGUCGAAAACACUGGCCAAAGUUAGCAUUCAUAUUUGUUUGUGUGUGAAAAAAGUAAAAAACUAAAUUGAACGCUAAUUUUGGCCAGUGUUUGUGACUAAGUGGCUACUAAAAAUGACUGGACACACCCCAUUUGCAAUACUUUGGGUUGUCUUCUUUUGCAAAUGGUAUGCCAUCAUGGGGGUAAUUCUCAUUCCUGGGCUACCAUAUGCUCUCAAAGGCAACAUAACCAACCUGGCCUUUUUCAGUGUAAAAAUAUUUGACCCUGUAACUUUCAAAAACGCUAUAAAACCUGUACAUGGGGGGUACUGUUAUACUCGGGAGACUUUGCUGAACAUAAAUAUUAGUGUUUCAAAACAGGAAAACGUAUCACAACAUUUAUAUCAUCAGUAAAAGUGCUGUUUGUGUGUGAAAAAUGCAAAAAAAGUCACUUUCACUGACAAGAUCGCUGUGAUAUGUUUUACUGUUUCGAAUCACUAAUAUUUGUGUUCAGCGAAGUCUAUCGAGUAAAACAGUACCCCCCCAUGUACAGGUUUUAGGGUGCCAUAGAAAGUUACAGGGUAAAAUUUAGUGCUAGCAAAUUUAAACUCUCUGGACUUUUGGCCUGUGUUGGCAGGCAGGUCCCUCAAAUUGCAAUCAAUAAAAUUACUUAAUUAUGUAAAAAUAUUACAUAAAUACGUACGUAGAAUUUAAAUAUAUAUGCAUAUUUAUAUAUUUGAAGUCUACGUGUAUAUAUAAUUAUGUAAUUUUGUAUAUGGACAUAUGUAUAUUUCGUAUUAUUUUUAUUUAUAUAUAGAAUUUCAUUCUAAGUGUAUUGAUAUAAAUAUAUAUAUAUAUAUAUAUAUAUAUAUAUAUUUAUAACUAUCAAAAUAGUUAGAAUAAAAUUUCAUAUAGAUAUAUAUUUACAUUUUUUAUUUUUACAUGUUUUUAUUUAAUUUAAAUUACUUAUUUGUAUUUUAUAAUAUUUAUAUACAAUAUAUAGUUAUAUAUGUGUGUAAUUUAAUAAGUGUAUUUUUAUAUUAAUAUAUGUACAUAGUAAAAUAAAAAUACACUUAGUAUGAAUAUAUAUAUAAUAUAUAUUUAUUCUUUUUUAUUAAUAUUAACAUUUAUUUUUUUAAUGAUUUUACUCAUGCAGGGAGACUGCCUGUCAGCACAGACAGUCCCCCUGCAGGCAGACACAUGGACACCUAUUGUGCGAUCACAUGGCCACAGGGGUCCUAAUCCGCCAUGGGGAGACUGUCUGGGCUGCAGGCAGUCUCCCCACAAUGGGAGCACCGCCGGGGGAACGACGGCAAUCUGGUUAGUACAUUGGCCCAUUAGGACGGUUCAGGACCGUCUCCGGUCGGCAAUGGAAAAUGCCGAUGACAGUCCUGAACCGUCCUCGGUCCUGAAGGGGUUAAGAUAAAGUUGUUUUGGUGACUACAGUGUCCUUUUAAAUAAAAACAUUACCCUUCUUGGGAUAUAAAGAAAAAAUCUGCAAAAACAUAAAAUCACAGCUAAUACUGUAGUAUUCUAAAAUGUCAAAAAACCACAAAUAAUAUACCAGUAUUCCACUCACAUACUGCUGAGUCAAUCAAAGCUGAAUCAGACUUAAAGGCUGCACUGGUUUUGAUAAUUUAUCUGGUAAUUCCGGCACUGCAUGGCAUCCAAUGUAAAUCCCAGCUGCCCUGUGAAGCUGUGAACUAACUUGGCAUCAUCGCAUGGCCACCCAGCGAGCAUGGCAUUAUGGUCACAUGCGAUCUUUAAUAAACGAAUUGUUCCAAUACUCAAGUUUCAGUCUUCUUAAUCCUGCCUAAGAGGAGUUUUCAACACUGUAAUGGGACCAUCAGACACUUGGUGAAUUCAACACCUAAAAAGACUUGACAAUACGGAUGCCACCAAAAAAAUCCUAUUUCUGCAUGAGUAGAAUUUAAAUGAUUAGCAUUUAUGUGGCGCCAACAUAUUCCGCAACACUGUACAAUUCUAGAAAGCGAAUAUUUAGUGGUGAAGAAGGCUCAAACAUAGGAUUUUCAGGUAUGUGGAUUUAUAUUAUGUGUGUUGCUCAAGGUCACUUACUAGUGAGGUUGUCUGACUGCGAUUCAAGCUGGGUUUCCCACUUCUCAUAGAAUAUACUCCCAAAAAAUACCUCCUGUCCCUUGAUGACACAUGCUCCCAGUGAUUACUAAAGAUUUCUUGAUAACCGGUUCCAUCAAUUAAAGGACAAAUGAUCAAAUUCAAUAACCUUACAUAAUGCCUAAGGAAAGUACAGUUUUUAGAAGUGGUCAUGGUGGUAAGAAUGUUUGUGUAGCGUUUCUCUUUGAAAAGCUGUACAUUCAGAGAGAGAUGUGCACAUUUGUGCUGGGGGCUGGUUGCACCUUGACACACGUGACUUAGGAAGCCCGGAGCUCUGUUCAGAGUGCGCGCAUGUGCUCUGAGCCAGAAGACUGGUCCAAUGAAAUGCGCUUUUUUAAACCUGUUAACCUGAGCUAUCAAGCAUUACAUUUAGUAAUUCUUUAGUAAAUCAUAGGUUAGUCCUGUGUUUUUUAUUUUUUUUAUUUCCUCUUUUGAUCACUAACAUUUCCAGUAUCAACCGUAGUGCUGGCAGUAAAAUGGUCCAUGAAAUACGGAACAUGAUCGCUUUGAAAACUAUUGAGCGGAAAGUCAGAAAAAGCUACCGAUCGGGUAGGAAUUCCUCAGUGUAAUGUCCCCCAAAGUGUUUUUCAUUACCUCUGCUGCACACCUCGUCCUGUGAACAGAUUAAAAAUAACCUAGUGGAUCAUGGAUUCAUUACGUUUAGAAACUAGCGCCAGGAAUGCCUGGAGUCAAUGAUGGCCCAGUUUUUGUAUUGCAAGGAAUUAACACUUCAUAGGGCUGUAGACAAACAUAAGAGCAUUCCAGGGAUGUUUGCUUAAAGUGAACCUGUAAUGGGAAAAAAAUGGCUUCCCUUAAAGUGCUUCCAUAUACAUUGAAUACAACUUAUAUUCUAAAGAUACAUGGUGUACUCAAAGUAAAAUCAAAAGAUUUACUCUCUUUUCUUCCAGUGCCGCUUCGUUACUCUUCAUGUAACACCCAACUCUUGGCCGUCCUGCGCUCCGCCUCUAUUCUUCUUUGCUUUGUCCUGCUGGGGCGCAUCUCGUCCGUGACUUAGGCACGCUGGCAUUGGAACGAAGUGACGUCGGAUCACUCCAUUCCUUCACUCCCUAACCAGUGCUAAGAGUGCCGACGGGAGCUUCCGUAGCAACUGCAUCACACGUGUGGUCUUUUUGUUACUUCCUGCCAAAUAGACGUUUAAUGGCUUUUCCUGUUUAUUUCGGGUUUGUGAAUGCGCUUCUGCUCCUUUCCUCAGCCUGCAUAGGUCUCCCCAUUUUUUAUUGUUCGAGAAAAUAUCACCCACCAUUUAGGGCUUUUAAACUUUGUGUUGGAAGAGGGAGUCCGUAAUCCAGGGAAUACCUGCAUGUGACAGUAUGUUGUGGUUGUAUUUUUUUUUUGUCUCUUAGUUUUAUAGAUUUUUGGGUAGCGAGAGAUCAAGCUGUUGUUUUUCCAUGUUAUUUGACAGAAAGGUCACAGGGUUAUCGCUUUACCUUUGAUUGCUGUAUAAAUGUAAACGUGCUUAAUCAGAUUAAAAGCUUAAACUUGUCUUGUCUUCGUUUUGGCCGCGCUUUCCUCUGGUAGGUAAAAGGUUACUGCAGGCUGCGUUUGAUGCCACCUUCAUGCUUCAAAAAAAUGCACUAAAACGGGCGGCGAGGGAAAUGGUCCCCAGCUGUUGCAGAACUACACCUACCAUUAUGUGUUGCGAGUCUCUUAAAGCUUUGUGGGAAUUUUUAGUUCUCUGGCUUGUGCAGCAGUUGAAAAAUCCUCCUUUUGGCCAACCCUCUGUUAAAAUAAAGAGAGAAGAUACUCUCAUCCAAAGGACUUUCCUUGUUUCGCCAUGAAUUAAAAACAACUUUUUUGUGUUCUAGAAUCAACACCGAGACGGCUACAAUUAUUUUCCCGUUCAGUGAAAACACUCACCGUUGCAGGUUAAAGGAGCACUAUAGUGCCAAGAAAACAAUCUCCUUUCCUGGCACUAUACGGUUAAUAGGUCCCCCCCCUCCCGCUGAGGUGAAGAGGUUAAAAUCCCUUCAGCCACUUACCUUAAUCCAGCGCCGGGCUUCCUCCGCGCUGGUGACCUCUCCUCACCCUGCCGACGUCAGUUCUGAAUGCGCAUGCGCGCAUUCAAACCGCCCACAGGAAAGCAUUACUCGACGCUUUCCUAUGGACGUCAGCGUGUCCUCAAUGCGAUUUCCACAGUAAGGAUCGCGGAAGCUGCCUCUAGUGACUGUUAGGGAGACCGCCACUAGAGGCUGGAUUAACCCUCAAUGUAAACAUAGCAGUUUCUCUGAAACUAUCUUUACAGCUGCAGGGUUAAAACUUUAUUGAGCUGAAGUGGUCUGGGUGCCUAUAGUGGUCCUUUAACUACAUCUACUACAGCAAUUUAUUAAAGUGGUUACAGUGCUGGGAGGCUGUAGGCAGUUCUCUCAAAUCUAAUUUCUUCAGAUUUUAAAACAUCAUACUAAAAAUGGGGAUUCCUUGCACCCUAAGCUCACCCACUCUGCCUCACGUCCUUAUUAGCUUUACAAAUAUUUAGAUAAUUAUAGAUUUAAAGCGCUGCACUAUUUUACUAUUUUGAAAUAUUUAGAUACCCCCACCAGAGUCAUAAGGGAUUAUUUACUAAACAGCACAUGGAGGGGAAUUGAAAACUAAAUUGCAAUACAUAGCUAAAAAUUGUCCCAGAUUGGAUAUUUCAGCCUAAAAUGUGCAGUUUCUGUUUUCAUUCACUGCCGUUCUGGAUGUGGAUAUUCUUUCCCUGAGGAUCGAUGUGGUUUAAGAUGAAUGGAAAGCAUAAUGUUCAGGAUUUAACUGAAAUAACGCCUAUUAAUCGUUUUAACAACUUGUUUUUCUUUCUUACAGUCAACAAGCAUAAGCCAUGGAUUGAAUCCACUUACCACGGGAUCGUAACAGAAAACGAUAAUGCAGUUUUGUUGGACCCUCCUCUGAUCGCAUUGGAUAAAGAUGCUCCAUUACGUUACGCAGGUACACAGUCUCCCACCUCCAUUUUUAUUUCUGGUCUUUGGUUUUACUUUAGGGGCUUUUCUAGCGGUCUUUACCAGUGAAACUGACAAAUCAGAUAUAUUUUAUAAAUUGUGUUUGAUUCACUUGUAGCAUAACUUGUUCUGUCUUGUUUGGUCUGCUGCAUCCUUAACUAUUUCUUUGCGUUAUUAGUUGGUUGAAGUUCCUGUGUUCAAUAUGAUUGUUAAUGAAGAAUGAAUGGCUCUACAUGUUUGUCGCUAGGUUGGGAGGUCAGAGUGCUCUGAGGCAGUACUUGGUAGAUUGGCAGUGAUGGCUAAUCUGCUAUCCAAACACAUCAGCUCGUUGGCCCUGUCCUCCUCUAUUCAGUAAAAAAGGAUUCUAUUUAGACCGUGGGUUUUCUGCCUGAGUGGGCUUCUCGCUCCCGGCAGUCCCAAGCCACCCUGCCAAGACAGCGCUGCUUGGAAGAGCAGGGAUGCACUUUGAAAUUGUUCCACUCUGUGUGUCAACAAACUGUUCAUAAAAUGUUCUUUUCUGCUUCUCCAUACAUUCUACUAAUACAUAGCCGUAAACCGAGCCUACGCUGGAUUGCAGACCCCUGGCAGAAAGGGACGUGUUCUGGGCCUCUGCACUCUGCCAAGCAAGCAACGGGUACAGUUGGCUCCAACCGUGCUCACGUUAUAGUUUCCUGAUUUAAUGCUCUGUGCCGUUGCAAAGUACUUGCUUUCUUUAUUGUUCAUUAUCUUUGUUCCCAGCAUAGCUUGUUGUUACAUUGAGAAUUGCCUAAUGUGCCGGUGUGGUAUUAACCCUUUAAAUACCAAUGGCUGUAUAUUUCUCUUGUAACAACCCAGUGUUUAGAGAUCUUGAAUCACAAUAGAAUAUGACUCUCAGUUGGCAAACAGCAGGGGUGUAUAGUGUCCAGUGCUGCUUAAAGCACAACUGUUAAAUGUUACCUUUCUCCUUUAAAUCAUUCCAAAAUGCUUUCGUGUGAGACUGGAGCAGUUGCCGCAGGUAUUCACGUUUUGUUCCCGAGUGAAGAAGUUAUUUGGAAUAUGGUUCACUUGCAGCGAUUGUUGGAACGAGGCCAGGGUCAGUUAUGGCGAGUCCCCCUAGGAUUCCAGUUCAUUCAUAUUACCAAUGAUUGUGAGUAAGAGGCAGUAUUGGGGUAAGUGAGGGCACGGUAUAUCUGAAUAUUACAUGUAUGCAGAAUUCAGGCUUACUCGGUGUACGCCACAAAUCAUGUAUGUGAAGUAUUUUUACUGAAGGUCUGUAUGAAAUGUGUCAUGACCCUGAUGUCAUUUGUUUUUACAAAUGUUAAUGUCAUUUUUGGUUAAACUGCUACUAAACCUACAAACUCAAUAUGAACUUUGAAAAGUUUUAGUGUUGAAACAAUGAAAUGAUGCUUGAAAUACGUGAUCUUUACCUGUUAAAUCCUAAACAUGUGAGCUACACCUACAAAAGAAAUCAAGACAAACAAAGCUGCUUUCCCAUUACAUGUAUUUUGGUAACUAGCAUUAACAGAUGGCUAGCGAAGAUCCAACUAUAUAAAUGGAAUCUGUUUGCCUACUGAGCAUUUCAUUAGCACACCCUAUGGAGUAAAUGUUAAACUUUGCUUGUACCAAGCUUUGCAGUUUAUGAACGACUGGUUAAUUGUAAAGAGAUUUUUAAAAGGAGCUCUGAAACAUAACUUUGUUGAAUUGAUGCUGCCCACGCUUUUUUUUUCUCUGCCGAUUCUUAUCUUACAAUCUUUUCAUAGUGCUGUGGGUUUUUUCCUUAAAGUGUGUACAUUUCCCUUUCCGUGAGACCUGUUUUCCAUGAGUAUUUUUUUCUGAUUUAGAACACAGCACGUAUUCACUUAAGAUCUCUUCACUAUUUUAUCUAAACUUUAAUCUUUUGCCAUGCCUCUACUUGUUCCCUGCUUGCUAGACAUUACUGUUCGUUCAGGAAACUCUGCUCUGCUGCUUUGACACAUUGGGUCUGUUCUCGUCUAUAUCCAGGAAUCCCAGAUCGUCAUGAGUCCUUAAGAACAUUCUAGUCCUGUCUUCAAAAUCAUUUGGAGCCGUUUUACCCUUUUUUCCUUAAAGGACCACUAUGGUGCCAGGAAAACAAGUAUGUUUUCCUGGCACUAUAGUGCCCCCACCCUCAGGGUGCCCCUCCCGCCGGGCUCUGGGGAGAGGAAGGGGUUAAACUUACCUCCUUCUCUAGCGCCGGGCGGGGAGCUCUCCUCCUCCUUUCCUCCUCCUCUCCUCCUCUUCAGCUGAAUGUGCAUGCGCGGCAGGAGCUGCGCGCGCAUUCAGCCAGUCUCGUAGGAAAGCAUUCAUAAUGAUUUUCACAGUGAGAAGCACGCAAGCACCUCUAGCGGCUGUCAAGAGACAGCCACUGGAGGCUGGAUUAACCUAUUUAUAAACAUAGCAGUUUCUCUGAAACUCCUAUGUUUAUAAAAAAAAAAGGUUAACCCUAGCUAGACCUGGCACCCAGACCACUUCAUUAAACCGAAGUGGUCUGGGUGCCUAUAGUGGUCCUUUAAAAAGCACUUGGUUAUAUCCGUAGAAAAAGUGAAUUAAAUAAACAUAUGUUGCCAGCAGAGUCUACGUCCUUACUUCCCUGCACACAAUCUGAUAAUCGCACCGAUUCUAAAAAGGGGUUCAGACGCUGGUGCCAUGUCUUUUUUCCUAUAUUUUUUUUUUUUUUUUUGAAUUAAGCUUUACUCUUUAACACCUUCAUAACCCCCUUAAGGACCAAACUUCUGGAAUAAAAGGAAUCAUGACAUGUCAUACAUGUCGUGUGUCCUUAAGGGGUUAAAGAUCACUUGCCAUGUUUGCCAUAUUAGAGAGCAUUUGCCAAAUCCUUUGUCAUGAAGGGUUCCCAUAAUCUAGAUUUGAAAAAUAAGGGACAAGCUUCACAUGAGCAGGUUGCCAUGUCUAUGUAAUUUGUGCAAGUCAUGUACUUGAUCAAGCUUAACUUUCCUUGUCCUUAAAAAAUGCUCUCUUGUAAAGUUCCAGCAUAGAUUGAAAGACCUGCUAGAAUAUUUAAAGAACAUUCAUGGCGUAACAUUUGUCUGAAAUCUGUAGUCUAUAUCUAACCUGAUACGGGAUAAUUCAGGCUAUUCAUGGCCCAGCGCUUGCAUAAAUUCUCUUUAGCCGUUGUCUCUUGUGAGUUAUGCCACAGAGAUCUGGCCGUGGCAUGUUCUCAGAGGCCUGAGUCGGAUAAAUUGAUCUUCUCACAAUCAUAAACAUUGUUUCUUUUUGCUUCCCUCCCCCAGGAGAGUGAAUAACCGCGGCAUUGUCCUGCCAUUGCUUAGUAGGUGUUUUGUGGCGUGUAAAUUGUGAGAAGCCCAUUAAGCACAGAUUAAAUGUUUUCUGCACGGACAAGUUAAGCUGCAUAUGUUUAAAAAGGAGUUUUAAGCGCUCACUAUAAUAUGUAACCUAAAGUGGUUAUAAGCAGCAGUAACUGUAGGAUCUGGUAGACUUAGAGUUGUGGAUAAAAGGCAUAUUGCACAGUCUGUUGCUCUACAUCAGUCAUGUCCAAAGGCCGGCCCGCGUUCCGGUUUAAUACAGCCCCACAGCUAAGUUGCCUAAUCUAUCUGUUGUGGCCCCCAGUGAAUCCCCGAGCGCUGCUCAGGAUCCCUGGAUCUUUGAAAGCUGCCUUCCUGAGUGGUGCACGGGGAUCCACUGGGGGCCAAAAGAUCGCGAGAACGCAGUGCAGUCACUGCUCGUCCUCAGUCUGCGUUCUUGCGAUCUCUUGAACGUCAACGUCGCAGGAUUUGGUUCCUACUCCCUGGAGGCAGAGAAGGAAGGGGCAGAAUGAAAGCGGGAAGGGGCGGAAUAAAGAGAUUAAAUGAAAAGUAUGUCUUUUGCCUAAAAUAGUUAAUUUGCAUAACAUUUUAAUGGUUCAAAGAAUGUCAGGCAAAAUCGUCGGCCCUCAUGCAUGUUCACUUCAUCAAAUCUGGCCCUCUUUGAAAAAAGUCUGGACACCCCUGUUCUACAUCAUUCAUUUUCAGCACUUUCAGAGUGUAAUGGUGUUAUGGAGCCCAGCACCGAGGGUAGUGGUGUUAUGGAGCCCGGCACCGAGGGUAGUGGUGUUAUGGAGCCCGGCACCGAGGGUAGUGGUGUUAUGGAGCCCGGCACUGAGGGUAGUGGUGUUAUGGAGCCCGGCACUGAGGGUAGUGGUGUUAUGGAGCCCGGCACUGAGGGUAGUGGUGUUACGGAGCCCGGCACUGAGAGUAGUGGUGUUACGGAGCCCGGCACUGAGGGUAGUGGUGGUACGGAGGCAGGCUUAGGUACUGAGGGUAGUGGUGUUAUGGAGCCCGACACUGAGGGUAGUGGUGGUACGGAGACCGGCACUGAGGGUAGUGGUGGUACGGAGGCAGGCUCAGGCACUGAGGGUAGUGGUGGUAUGGAGGCAGGCUCUGGCACGGAGGGUAGUGGUGGUACGGAGGCAGGCAUGUGUGUGUGGGGAAGUGUCAUCUGCCCACAUUAUAUAGCGCUAUAAAUUUCCCGCACAUGCCCAGUUAAACGGGAGAACAGGAAUUUCAUCCAUUCAUUCGUUGAAAGACGAAUGAAUAGAAAUGUCACGAACAAACACACACCGAAUAGCAGUGUUCAUUCAGUUUAUUACAAGGAGGGAGCUACUGGCACGCAGCUCCCUCCUUGUAAAAUUUAAAAAAAGAAGUGGCAGGGAGCAGUGCUCCCCUCCGCCACUUCCUAAGCCCCCCCCCUCCCAUGUCCUCCCUCACUCUAUGGGGGUCAAUAUGAUUAAAAUCUCCCGAAUGUCCCCACUCGCUAUGCCUGUGGCUGCUCACUGUUAAAAAAACAAAAAACAAAACCCUAGUAUCCCCCUCCCGAGCACCCACCUGUGCUGCGUGAGUGGGGCUAUUAAACUGAGGGGGGGACCUAUAGCCACCACUGAAUGGUGGGUGGAAGCCCUAACUGAGAAUGUGGGGGACCUAUUGUCCUCCUCCCCCCCCUUGCCCAUACCCCUGAGGGGGGGGGAGGAGGACAAUAGGUCCCUAAAGGGGCCCUAAAGAAGAAUGAGAGGGGGGCACCUAUUGUCGUCCCUUACCCUUGAACAGUGGGUGGGGGCCAUAAAUGAAAAUGUACCCCUUCCCCAAGGUGACUAGGUGUCCCCAAGCCUGCUGGAUCUAUUAGCUGCUGGAUCACAGACACCGAAAGCUUUUUUUUUUUUUUUCUUAUUUUGGAUGGGAACAGAAUCCCUUACUUUGACUAUUUAAUAAAUUGCAUCAUUAAAUCUAUAUUUAAAAUAAAUCAGACCUCACUCAGUACAUGUCUCAACAGCAGCUGCUCCCAAACUGCAGGCGCGUGUUACGGACCUACAGACCUGCGCGGAGCCAUGCGACCCCGAGCCACUAUGGAGGGUUAAUCGGGUGUUUGGGAAGUUUUGGUAAGGCAUAAAUUACAGGGACCCUUUGAUGUUCCAAAAAUAAAAAGGAAAAUUCACCCAUAUUUGAUAUUUUUGUUUCAAUUCCUGUCUUUAAAAAUAAUUUAUAUUUUUCUUUUUUAUCUAUUUACUGGAUCUUUAUUAAAUUCUGUAUGCGCGCGCACACACACACACAUGUAAAUUAAACGUAAAAAUAAUAAAAAAUAUGAAAUUUUAUUCUAACUGUAUUUUGAUAUUAAUAUAAUUAUAUCAAAAUACACUUAGAAUGAAAUUAUAUAUACAUCUAUGUGUAUAUAUAAAUAAAUCAAAAUACGAAAUAUAUAUCCAUAUACAUUACAUAAUUACAUAAAUUAUUUUAUUUAUAUAUAUAUAUAUAUAUAUAUAUAUAUAUAUAUAUAUAUAUAUACACACACGUAGACUUCAAAUAUAUAAAUAUGUGUAUAUAUAUUUAAAUUCUAUGUGCGUAUUUAUGUAAUAUUUUUACAUAAUUGGGUCGUUUUAUUGAUUACAAUUUGCGGGACCUGCCUGACAACCCAGGCCAAAAGUCCAGAUAAUUUUAAUUUGCUAGCACUAAAUUUAACCCUUUAACUUUCUAUGACACCCUAAAACCUGUACAUGGGGGGUACUGUUUUACUCGAUAGACUUCGCUGAGCACAGAUAUUAGUGUUUUAAAACCGUAAAACAUAUCACAGCAAUGAUAUUGUCAGUGAAAGUGACGUUUUUUUGCAUUUUUCACACACAAACAACACUUACACUGACGAUAUAAUUGUUGAUACGUUUUCCAUUCAAAUAUUUUUCCAGUAAAAAUUGCCAGGUUGGUUAUGUUGCCUUUUGAGAGCGUAUGGUAGCCCAGGAAUGAGAAUUACCCCGAUGAUGGCAUACCAUUUGCAAUAGUAGACAACCCAAGGUAUUGCAAAUGGGGUAUGUCCAGUCUUUUCUUUUCUUUUUUUUUUUUUUGAGAUGCAUAGAUAGACAUUGAAGGUGAUCAGCUUAUGUCUGAGUGUGUUGCAUCUUUUUGUAUAUAGAUAAAUGUAACAUUAUAAUAAGCAAAAUGAACAAUCUAUCAAGACAUGAAUAGGAGCGUAGUGGAGCGUAAUGACUGUUGAAUGCCUAGGAAGAAACAGAUGUAGUGGACAUGUUUAAUAAACAGUUGAAAAUUAUUUGUCAGGAGAAAAUGAAAUGGUAACAUCAUAGUAAACCAGCAUGACCACAAUAGCGUUCUUCACAAUAUUCAGCUAGCUAAGAGUGCUGUCUAGACAUGAGGUGUAAUAAAAGUGAAGCAAACUAGGCUGACAUGUCUACACAAACACAGGAAUUAAGCUGAAAAGUAACUAGAGAACUCCCAGACACACAGGAGAUAGGCUAUAUCUAGUGAAAGGUAAGCAUGCUGAACUAACCAAUAAAACCGAAUAGCGAGGCUAUACAUAGAUAUGCUUAGCAUGUAAUCGCUUGUUCUCGAGCUAUACCCCCUGCAGUCCCUGGCAUGAGCAAAAAAGGAUGUUGAAUUGCAUGCAUACAGACGUGAGGGUUCAUUGCAAUGUAAGGGAUAUUGGGCACUUUGCCUGACAUUGAGUCCCAGUCCUGUGGGAUGCCUUGUUGGGGCUGGGUGUGCUCCCACUGCGCUGUUAGUUGCCGCAAUGGUGCGUGCCACUGUCCCCUUGGUCCAGCAGUGUGGAAGAAGAGUGUCUCAGUGUGGGCAGGCGGCCUUUUCAGUAAGUAUAGUGUGGCUCCAGUUGUGGUUCCCACCUGUUGAUGUAAUCAUUGGUUGUAGCUGUGACUGUGGAGUCGUGCUGCUGCUGCCGCCUUUUUAGGCCUCGUGGUCUGCCACUUGCUUGUGUGGAUGUGUUGGCCAUUGCCCCUCUUAGGCUGUGUCACUGCCGGUAAGCGAGGUGGUUUUCUGUGCUGUAGGAGUCCCCUUGGUAUUUGCCUGUGCCUGGUUGUGUUUGCCCUUAGUGUGGCUCCGGGCAUCCGAUAUCGGGGUGAUCUUUCUCAAGCAUCUAUGGAGCCCGGGAAGGGAGCUAACGGCGCGUGCUGGGACCCUCUCUUGAGCCUCUCGUAACGGGCCGUGUGGCGUACCUUCAGGCUGGGCCCCUGGUUCCAGGGGCCACUCAAGCUUUUCCAGCUCCCAAAAGGAGUCGAAUAUGCAGGUGAGUCGGAGCGCCGUGUCUCUCCUGGCCUUGCAGAGGGCUGAGGCGUGUGUGUCGUGCGCCAUUUUGUCGGCCACACCGGUGACCUCCAGACUGCAGGAUCGGUUCAACCCUAACCCUAACCCUCAGUCUUUUUUUUUUUUUUUUUUUUUUGUAGCCACUUAGUCACAAACACUGGCCAAAGUUAGCGUUCAUAAUUGUUUUUUGCAUUUUUAACACACAAAUAUAAAUGCUAAGUUUGGCCAGUGUUUGUGACUAAGUGGCUACUAAAAAAGACUGGACAUACCCCAUAUUGAAUACCUUGGGUUGUCUACUUUAAAAAAUAUAUGUACGUGUGGGGUGUGAUUCAGAUAUUUGACAGAUAAGUGUGACAAUGUCACUAUUGAUAAAUUUAAAAAAUAUAUAUUUUGAAACCGCAAUUUCCUAUUUGAACUUAUAGCCCUAUCUACCGCAAUUUCCUAUUUGUACUUAUAGCCCUAGGUAAGUAAACAUGUUUUUUUUAUUUUGUUUAAAUUUUUCACCCUUUAAAAAAAAAAAAAAAGUAAAUUAUAUGACAUGAUACAAAUAAUGGUAUAUAAAGAAAGCCCUUUUUGUCCUGAAAAAAAUAAAUAUAAAACUUGUAUGGGAACAGUAAAUGAGAAAGAGGAAAAUUACAGCUAAACACAAACGCCACAAAAGUGUUAUACUGCUCUGGUCCUUAACGUACAACAUGGCCAAAACAGGCCGGUCCUGAAGGGGUUAAGAGAAGCUUUGCCAACCACAGUGAGGUUUUAGAAAAGCAUAACUUUGACCCAAAAAAGUCACUAUGCACUGGAGAGGAGGAGAUUUAGACAAAAAAUGAAGUCUACAGGAAACGAAGUGGAUCUUUGAAAUGUGCACUUUAACACCGAGAGGACUUAAUAUUGAUUUUGAAAUUAACUCGAUUUUAUGACCUCAAAUCCACUUAUAAUAUCCUACCCCAUAUAGUGAAUACAGACAUAUAAUUAUUUUUCAAAAAUCCUAUUUUUAAAAAUAUUUGUAUUUUAAAUAUAUUUUUAAAUUUUUAAUUUUUUUUUUACUACAAUAGUUUUUAUAACAGUUUUUUUCUAUAUAAUAGAAGUGUUUUAUGGAUAUGGAAUCUGUAACAUUCAUUUUAUUCUCGAUCUUCUAAUAUAUAUAUAUAUAUAUUAUAAUAUAUUUUUACUUGGACUUUCUGCCCUCAUCCAAAAUGGAGUUUUGGGGAUACACAAUGAUGAUCAUAUGCAGAUAUACCAUGUGCCCCUUUCUGGACAAUAUGGGGACUUUCACUUAUUAGAACAUUAAUACUAAUGUCUGAAGGUGGGCGGAGUUCAUUAGACCAAUCGGAGGAGAAGAAAGAAUGACUGCUCCGGAAUGGAGUGGCAGUGUGUCACCGGAAGUUAACGCACCGUCAUCUUGGUAACCCGGAAGAAUCUAUUACAAGGACAGAAAUAAGACUUCAUGCUCAAUGUGUAACAUCAUGAAUAGGAAGUUUGUCAUUCAUAUUGAGUGGUAAUUUAGAAGAAUGCCAAAACCGGAAGUACCACCAUCUUCAUGGUGGCGGGCUACUCCUGGCUAAGGCUAUAUUUGGACAUCAACUUGCCGCAGCCACUCCUGUUUUUCAUACCUAGCAGGGGGAUGGAGAUAUGUAUGUGUGUGUGUGUGUGUGUGUGUGUGUGUGUAUAUAUAUAUAUAUAUAUAUAUAUAUAUAUAUUAUAUAAUGUGUGUGUGUGUGUGCUGGCUAUAGGUAAGACUUACUGCACCUGAGGAAGACCAAAGCAGGUUGAAACGCGUUGUGCUAGCUAUUUUAUAUACUUUGAUGUAAUAAAUUCUUUUUUAAAAUGAACUACAUAUGGCUCCUGAGUUCCUGAUAAAGACUCCCAAGUCUGAGAAUAUCUAGAAGGAGCAACCAGAUCCUGCUAUCUCAAGAGUGGAUGAAAUGCCUCUAUAGUCCAGAGCCUAACUUAUCUGGCUCUAGAAAUUGUGAGUGCGCUUUAUCUUUUUACUACAUUGUAUUUUUGUCACAACAGUACACACUAUGUUGUGUUUUAUGUUCACGGUAUACAGGGUCCACAGUUAAAUACUAUUACUGGGAAUAGGAUCCAUAUGUGAAUACUUAACAAAAAGUUAAAAUAUAUAACUGAGAGUUUGUGCUCUCACCCUUUUCUCUUCUGCUUUCUUCCAGAUAUAAGAUAAGGCCAGGGACUAAUGAAAGUAUUUAGAAAAUUGGGCAGACUAGAUGGGCCGACUGGUUCUUAUCUGCCGUCACAUUCUAUGUUUUAGUAUGGCAUAUGUUCUUGGAGGCGGGUCAAAGAGUCUUAUUCAAUAAAGUUCUAAAAAAACAUAUAUUUCCUUAUCGAUAUAUCCUACAAAAGAAUAUACACACAAAUCCAUUGUAUAUACAUGUUAAAAAGAACUGCCCUGUCAACACUCCCUUCCCCUCCUCCACAAACUAGCGCACUCACAUAACCCAGAGCCUAAAUAGCCCAGCGAUUUGUAGGGAGCGGGGUGAACCACACACCAUUCUAGUGUAUAUCUUUCUAUAGCAACGGCAGAAACCAGAGAAAAUAAGAGGAGAAAACCCACGGGGACCCAAUUAGUUACAUUAUAUUUAUUUCCAGAUAAAAGCUAUAAUCUCGAUGUUUGCAUUAAGGUACUACAAGCAUUUUUUGCGCUUUACAUAUUGCAAUUUUAAAAUAAUUCAUCUCAACUUCAUUCACCUUUUUAUAAGGUUUUUUAGCACAACACUAAUUCUGGUUUGUUUGUCAGUUCUGCUCAUAGUGUGACGUGUUUGCAGCUAAUAUCACAUAUUAAGCGCCUGCACACUUACACUGGUUGUGAUCAAAACUGCUGGUUUUAACUUCAUUUUUAAUAAGUGAUCUUAUCUAUUUUGUGUACCUAUAGAGGACUGGUGACCCUCCUUCCAGUUAUAGAGCUACUUGGUUUUACUGUUCUCUAUCUAUUUUUCUCUACUCUCACUCCAUCUAUCAUUUAGCAUAACUACUUUUAUCUGUGUUUUUGCGCAAAACUCUUAUCUGUAUUUGUGCUAUAUUCGUGCUAUAACUUAAUUUUGUAUUUAUUCAUUUUUAUUAUAUUUGUUGCUCUCUGUAUCAUGGAACAUGGAGUCUCUUUCACAGUUUGCUUGAUAUCUGCACUUCUUAAGCUUCUUAAAGAUCGUAGGUUAUCCUCACAAUCGUUAUUCCACCUUUUGUUAUUCAUCAGACAGUAAGUUGAGGUGAGUUAACAACCAAGUUGCUUGAUGUAGCAAAAUGGCAGAGAGAAAAAAUCUCCAGUUUGGCAAAUUAUGAUUAUUCUCCAGUUUUAUUUUGGGCUAAACUGUGUCACUGCUCAACUUUUUGCAACGCACUAUUAUGUGAAAAAUGCUCUAAGGGGCUUAUUCACUAAACAGCAAAACAAAAAUGAAAACCGCGUUGCAAGCUUUAACCGCAAUAAACACGUAUAAUAUUAAUAGUACUAAUAUUUUCCAGCUGCACUAUAGUCACAUGGCUUUAGUUUGAACUUUGCAAUUGGUUGUCCAUUGACUACCAAUUGCUAUUUAGUGAAUAGGCCCUUAAGGGUCCCAGCUAGAACAUGCUACCAGGACACAAUCUCUUAUUUUACAUUCUGUUGGAAGACGCGGGAAAGUGCUAUCCUGCAGAAUGAGAUAUCCUGGAUUGGUUCAUUGGCUGCGCCAUGUGAAGGCUACAUGCUGCAGCGUUGCAUUUUUUUUUUAUGGUCUAUGCCACCAAGGUGCAUGCAUGUUUGCAUGGCAGAUCUGGCAAGCUUAUGUUCUAAUAUGUAAGCUACGUGCUUGUUUUACCAUUGUUUUCUAUUGAGCAUUUUUAUUUAUUUUUAAAUCACGUGGUUUGAACCACAGUAUUUUAUUUGAAACAUGUGAAUCGGGCAGUUUUGAUUAUUUUCUAGCUGCUUGUGUGUGUGUGUGUGUGUGUGUGUCUGUGUGUAUAAAUAAAAAGUGGAAGGCUCCCAUCUCCUCUUCCAGCGCUGAGCUAUUUGGCUGGGAAUGAUGCUGACGUAAUCUGCGGCGCAGGCUGGAAUGUGUUGUGGAAUGUGACCGACUUCCAGCCAGCUGUACUCCAACUCAGAGAUCUGACAUUUCCAGGGCUGAAACAAAGUGGACUAUGGCUAUUUGCAGCCGGGGGAACCCAAAACAAAGAUGAUGGUGUACACCAAUUAUUGUGCUAAUGUAAUGCAACUUAAAUUCCAUUUAUCAGAACCAUAGCAACAGUUUGAGAACUCGAUUGCAUUUGGAAAGGACGUUAAGGCAGUGUAACACAUUUGUGACUGUGCUUAUGACUACAGCAACAUAAUGAAAUGCUCCUGAUCUGCUGUAAGCAUUGGCAAAUAAAAUGCUACAUUUUAUGAAUUGUUGGUAUUUUAUGAUGAUAUUCAGAAUGAUACUUUAUGGGUUGUAAUGGGCUCUUAAUAGUUAAACAUUUAACACAUUCACUGCCUGCUCUGUGUUUCCAUAGACUGGAAGUAUGAUGCUGAGAUUUGGAUUAUCCUAUUGAGCCCCUUUCUAGAUUACCUGCGCUGUUCUCUCAUUGUUACCUGUCCAGGAGGUAGAUUCAUAGAUCUGUUUUGCAGAGAAUGGCACAGAAACUUUAAACAGAAUAUGAAGGGUUGUUCAUUGAAAUAGAUUUUUGGAGAAAUGAUCAGUGUUUUUCUGUGUUUAUUUCACUCUCGCCGACUGCAGUAUUCAUUACUAAAUCCUUCUCGCACAGUAUGUACUGCUAUGGUAUGACUGGUGUCUGCAAGGUGAAUGUUAGCCACGAUCAGGAACACCUAGGAUCUUUCUGGAAUGGUUCUUUAACCACCGCCCUUCUGGAGAUGAAUUUAGGUGGUAAAUAUCCAGGCUUAAGGCAGGGGAUUUAAUCUUGCCUUGCUUGGCAUAGAUCGGAUAACAUUAUAAUCCAGCCCCAUUCCUUUUUAGAAUGCAAUUUUCAUUGAGUAUUUCUGCACCUCUGCAGGUUACUCUGGAAGAUGAUUGUUUUCGAUUCUGCUUGGUGGUGUAAUGGCCACACUCCGUAAAGUGAUUAAUAGUCUCCAUUGCCAGACUGUCACAGAGCAUCUCUGCCUUUUAACUCCGCCGGACUUGGUGUAUGAUCAGUAUAGCGGCCUCUCAUGCAGGUUUAAAUGAGUGAAUAUUUGCUCCCCCUGGAAGAAAAGAAGCAGAGAAUAAGCUGAGAGUUGAAGGAGGUGGUGUGCUUGGAAUUUCAAUGAGCGCAUAUUAUUGCCUUUCCUCGCUGCAGGAUAGAUCAUGUGACUUGGCAAUCAAAGGCUCCCAUAUUCCUUGAGGGCGCUGCCUCUCUUUCUGGUGGUUGGCAUUCUUAUCGUUCUUCUCUUUGUUUCUCUCGGGAGCCGUGGUCUAAAAGUGAGCAUCAGGCCUCAACGUGUUGGUUCUUAGCACUAUACAGGCUCCACAGGCGACGCUGAGCCAUCCUGUCACAGCGCUCAAUACUUCGAAUAAGUCAUCUUGUUUCUGAUGGGCGGUCACCUGCCGUCUGCCAAGUGAAGGAAGGCCACGUGGAAUCUCAUCAUUGUAGAUCUUUUACCUAAAGGGGUGUGUGUAUCUAGAAAUUUAUAUAUAUAUAUAUGUUUAGCACUGGUACUAAGCCAUUUUUUUGUUGGUUAAAAAGCCAGGUACACUAACGUUUUGAGCAGGUGUUAUUUCCUAUUUUCCAUAGCCCUUUCUCUGGUGUUUUCUACAGCCUCCCACAAAUUCUUGGCACGGUCAUGUAUGUACUCCUUUUGGUAUUUCUGUGCAGCACUUGUGUCCUUGUUUUUAUUUAUUUUUUUUAAUUUAUUUUUUUGUCAUGGGUUCACUAAAUUGACCUGUUAAGUUAAAGAUGCGCAUGUCAAAUCAAUAGGUCCGGGACCUGGUUAAAGCAAGGUUACGGGAUGCAGUUGUAUACAAAUGGUUGUGAUUAGGAAUCAAACCCAGGCUUGGAUCCCAAGUGUCUGUGCGAGACCUGGCCACGGAUUAAACCUAGGCUUUGAUCCCAAGUGUCUGUGCGAGACCUGGCCACGGAUUAAGCCCAGGCUGGGAUCUCAUGGCUGUGCAAAUCCUGGCCAUGGAUUAUACCUAGGCUCUACAUUUUAUUCCCCCCUCACUAUUUUUUAGGGUGAGGGGGGUAGGUAGGGAACUUUUUAUUUGGGUGGGGGGUGGGUGACUAGGGGCUUGGGGACCCCUAGUCACCUUUGAUGGGGGAGGGGGGGGGAAAUUUGACUUGGGGCCCCCACCCGCCGCCCAGGGGUGGGGGGGGGACAGUAGGUCCUGUCCGCCCUCAUUAUCUUUAUGGCCCCCACCCGCCGCCCAGGGAGGGGGGGUGGACAGUAGGUCCCCCCCCUCAUUAUCAUUUGGCCGGCGCCCGGGAGCGGGGGCCGGAGGUGGGGAUGGACAGUAGGUCCCCCCCCCUCAUUAUCAUUAUGGCUCCCACCUGCCGCCCAGGGGUGGGGACCGGGGGGGACAAUAGGUCUCCCCCCUUAUUUUAAUUUAGGGCCCCCACCCGUCGUUUAGGGGUGGGGGCCAAUAGUUUUUAUUUUUUAGUGAGCAGCCUCAGGCUGCUCACUGUUUAGUGGACAUGCCCCUACUCACGGUAUAGCGAGUAGGGGCAUUGGGGAGAUCUUAAUCUCCCUUGUGCUAUUAUGGGGGUCAUAUUGACCCCCAUAGAGUGAGGGGGGCUCUGGGGGGCUUAUGAAGGGGUGGGGAGCACUGCUCCCUGCCGCUUCUAUCUUUACAUAUUACAAGGAGGGAGCUGCAUGCCGGUAGCUCCCUCCUUGUAAUAAACUGAACGAACACUGAUACACCAAUACAGUGUUAGUUUGUUCGUCUGAAAAUGCUAUUCAUUCAUUCAUCUGUCUGAUGAAUGAAUAGAUGAAAUUCCCGUUCGCAUGUGCAGGAAUCUCACAGGCUAUCUAGUGUGGGCAGAUGACGUGUCCCACAGGGACUUCAUCUAUCUACCCACACAAAGAUGGCGGCGCCCUGAAUAUAGAUCGGGGCAGAAAAUAAGGAAUAAAAAAUAGGUCAUGUGGGGGGCUUAGGGGCAUUUGGGGGGUGACUAGGGUGUCAGAGAUAGUGGAGGCCGGUUAAAAAAAACCCAAAAAAACCCAGGAUUCGGCAUGACAGUGCCGCUUUAAACCCAGGCUCGGAUCCCAUGUGUCCAAGCGAGACCUGGCCACGGAUUAAACCCACAUUAGGAUCCCAUGUGCCUGGGCUGAGACCUGGCCGCAGACUACACUGGUUAAUGGAGUACAUAAGCAGGUGCGAUGUUUUUGGUUAAAACUUGUUCAGGCUUUUAAAACCACUUCAUGUUCGUGUGUCCGUGGGAUGAAUGGGACCGAACUACAGAUCAUGUGAAGGUCACUUGCAAAUUUAAUUGUUACGUUUCAAUUUAUGCACCAACUAUCGGAUGGGGGAGGGGUUGCGUUGUUGUUUUUGUUGUUUUGUUUUUUUUUAAAUUUCCAAAAAACAGGAUUUGAUUUUAUUUUUUUUCUUCACAUAAUAAAUUGUAUAUAAUAAAUCAAAUAAAAUGUUUCUUCAUGUGGCCUUCUCUAAUGCCCCCAAAGCGAUCUAUACAUUUCUCCAUCUAGCUAAUUAUUGAAUACAUAUGUACAGUAAAACGGCACAAACGAACGUGACCUGUAGAAUACGUGGGCAUCAUAAAGUACUGUGAAUUUACUGUACAUUUUACAUCCUCUCAACACUAAUUCUGCAAAGUUACCCCAAUAUCCGUACGUGCUUGUGGACAUUUUUAGACUGAGUCUUUCAAACUCCUGUUUUCAGGUCUCAUGGGAACUCAUUUAGCCACCCCCUUGAUCUGUUUAUUUCACUGUAUAAUUCUCUGCACGCAUCCAUCAGUGAUUUUGACGAACAAUGGGGCCAUGGACUUGUCUAUGCAGCCAGCCCCCUUUGAUGCAGUUUUACUGAUCAGACGGAGGCCUGUAUUAUUCUAACAUUUCAGGGACUCUCCUGGGACCCGAUAAAACAUCUUAGCAGACUGUGCCUUCCAUACAUGGUCCUCUCUAACCUUUCAUCAUACUGUCCUUUUAGUGGGGAAGCAAAUCUUGUAAUUGUCACACCAAUUCAAUUUUCUUUCAUAGAAGAAGACUGUCUUUUAACAGUAACAUCUGGUGUGUGCUGUACCAGGCAGGUGAAGACCGCCCAUUAACCCAUUACAGAGUGCCUGGGAAGACCACCCACCAUUUAGUGUCACUGCUUUAUUAUAAAGAGCCGACAUGUAAUUAAUAAAAUAUUUGGGUGUUGUAUGUAGCGUGGCAUAAAUCAGUAAAAUAUUUUAUUUAAAUUAUUCCUCGAUUUCCUUUUUAAACAUUAUGCCUUUUUAAAUAUAAUUUGCUUACCUUCCCACUUCCAGGAUGUGCAACCAUGUAUGAUUGGGGGGGAGGGGGCAGCAUAGACCGGGCUAAGGCCAGCUAGCUUUGUGAGGACAGCUGGACAAAUACAGUUGUACCUCUGUUUACAAACGCCUCGGUUUACAAAUGAAAAUCCAUUGAAAAUAAUGCCUCAGUUUAGAAAUGAUUUUCGCAAUACAAAGCAAGUUUCCCCAGGAUGCAUUGCGCUUGAGAGGUUUAUAUUGCCGUCCCCUGCAUGCUGGAGCCUGUGGGUGGCACGUGGCGUCGAGUGUUGAGGCGUUUUUUGCAUCGAGUUUUGGAGCCAUUCUGGAAAUUGUUAGUUUUUUUUUUUUUUUUUGUGCAUUUCUCAAGCUGUGGAAAGUUAGGGAGCUGAGCUUCGUCGUUUGCAUGCCUUUUACUGUGUGUUCUGCAUUGUGGGUUGGUUUCCAUGCCAGCUCAUUUUGACUUUUCUGACCUCUGGAACGGAUUAAUUGGUUUUUAAUGCAUUCCUAUGGGAAGCCACGUUUUGGUUUCCAAUUUCUUCACAAUAAGAAACGUCCCGGAGAACGCAUUAAAUUCGUAAACAGAGGUCCCACUGUAUAGUGGGGGCUGGCAUUCAGAGUACUAGCUAAAUGAUGGAUACAAAGAAAAUGCAGCUCAAAUGACUGUCCAGAUCUUAUUUAUUGUAAUUCGUUCUGACUUGUUUCAAGUACUGAGUGUUUUUUACCACAAAUUUUUAAAAAGAACUGGUGUAACAGUUUCUCUUUUCCCAGGGCAAAUUAAACAUCUCCAAAUCUCUCUCUCUUAAUUUUUUGUGAUUUAUUUAUUUUAUAGCAAACUGGUCUUUUUAUUUAUUUUUUAUAAAUAAUAUUGUGGAAUGGAACAUGAUUCCUUUAGUUAAAGGUAGUGUUUUAUCUGCAAAUUGCCAUGUAGUUCCUCUGGGGUUAAAUCUCCUGUACUUUUUAAGAGCAGCUGUGUGAUUGCUUGUGGGCUGUAGUGACCUGACAUACAGAUUAGUGAUGGUGGGGAAGGGGAGGAGGGUUGGCCAAGGUCAAUAUGAAUGGGGUUAACAUCUUCCAGCCAUUGGUACUCCAGCUUUUUGUGGCGGUCCUGUUGUGCCCUCGACCACGCAGGGUUAAGUACAACCAUGCUAUGUAUCUAAAUCUUCCAUGGAGUGCCAAGUCAGUCAUGCUUUUUCUCCAAAUUUCAUGCAAUUUUUAAACCGUUCUACAAUAUAUAAACCAGAGCCUCAAUCAUGGCUGCCCGUCAAUCAUUGUGAUAAGCCCUGUCUUUUUCCUUAAUGACGGAAAAGGACAGGGCUUAUCACAAUGAUUGACGGGCAGCCAUGAUGGAGGCUCUGCAUUUCCAGCAUAGAGGUAAGUAUAACUGCGUGCAUUCCUACAUGUUACUUGUCAGACCUUGCAAAUACAUAUUUAUUAAAUCUAAGGAGUAAGUAAAUUGGUAAAAAUCCUGAAAAGUUAUGUUCUCCAUUAAUUUGUGAGAAUUCUGUAUUUUCCUAAAUAUAAGGUGAAACCACACUUUGUCAUAGCUCUUAAUGAAAGGUUAUCUUCUAAUAAUUAAAAGAUCAAAAGCACUUUUAUUUGGCUGAAUGAGGCAGUUUCUUCCAUACUUCCAUUACAGUACAGCAACCUACCUGUGUAUAUCUUUCCUUAUUUAGAAGCCACAAUGAGUUUCUUUACGUUGUUCAGUUUCAUGAAAUGCGGGAGGUCCUUUAAGCAUGGUGGAGUAAAUGCUGCUUCCUUUCUGGGACUGUUUGGACACGCUACAUCACUAUGCAUCGAAGGUCCCUCUAAAUAGUGCCCCCUAGUGUCUGGUGACAGCGUUAUGGCCGCAGGGAUGGAAUGGGGGAUUGUGGACUGCUCUAACCUGAACUGAUUUCCUACUGUCUGUCUGUAUUCGUCUCUCCUGUAUUUACUGACACAGGUUUGUCUUUUCUCCCUUUAGAGAGUUUUGAGGUGACAGUCACCAAAGAAGGUGAUAAAGGGUUCUUUCUCCUCUUAUGACUUUAUUAACCCACUAACAUUUUUUUUUGGUUCUGAAAAUGGGGAAUCAGCACUUAACUCCUUCAGUCUGCUUAUAUAAGGGCUCUGAAGAGGUUAAACAGAAGAUCCUGUACUGCUCUGAUCCCCUUUUAUUUCUUUAUUGGUUUGUUUAUAUAUAUAUUUUAAUUUUGUAUCUCUAAGUGAAAAUUGACUUGCUAUGUGACAACCCCUUUUGGUAGAAAUAUCUGGUGGUAAGACAUCCAUUUCAGUAGGUACUUUGGCAUGAGCCGCAUGCUCUUGGUAAAUAGAGCAGUGUUCAGUGCACAGUAAUGGCAAAUUAUUGAAUGGGAGCCAGGGUGCGUUUAGUGCUUCAGUGUUCCAUAUGGGCCGUGAUUAGGACAUUGUGGACAAGAACCCCAAAUAUAAAAGCAGUUUAUUGUAAAAUGGGUUGCAGCCUUCUAAGCAAAGAAUAUGGUGUUAACUACACUACUGCAGAGGCCUCAUAAUAUACAAAAUCACAUUUUGUGAACCAGCUGGGCCAUACCACUGUAACCAGCUGAGUAGCUGGGCCAUACCACUCUUUAUAACCAGCUGAGUGGCUGGGUCCAGAUCAGGGCGUUCCAUCUGUUAAUUCUCCCCUAUUUUCAUUUGUCGAUGCCCUGCUUGCUUCUAGUUUGCGUAUAUCAUCCUACUCAUUUACCCAGUUCUUGGCUGAGGCUUACAGAAGUAGAAGUUGAUUUUAUCUUCGUUUGACAGCUUAUAAAAACCUGGUUUAGUGACCGCUUAUAGUGUCAGAAUAUAAAUACCUGGUUUUAUCCAAGCUUGGCAGAUUGUUUAGUAAAAUGUAGGAGCCUUGAUGGAAUGCAGGAAUAGAGUUGUCAUCGUGUGCAUUCCAUCCAGCCAGCAGGAUUUGUAUAUUUUCACAAGGUUAACAUAUAGUCCUGCAUUGAAGUCAAGGCAAUUAAACCUGGUCCUGUAAUCUUGGAUGCCAUAGUCAACUGUUCCGGGCAUCUUUGAAAUGUAGGCAUUCUUUAUUUAGUAAAUAGCAAUAACUAUGCUGAACAGAUGUUAGCAAAGUAUAUUGAGGAAUAGCUAAAUGCUCUCUGUAACUUAGACCUCAUAUCUCAUAAUCCUCAGCCUCGGUUGUUUAGCAAAGGGCUAUUCUUGGUAUUGGUGAGCUGCAAGCGAUCUUUACUGUCUACACUGUACACGUCUGUCAGGUCUGAUGUAUGGCUUUCAGGACAUUUCGCGUUCGCUAUUGAAUUGGAUGUCUCAACUAUUGAUAUUUCUAUGUGAUCCAGAAUUUUUUUGCAUUUGAUUCCCUAAUUUUAGCCAGGUUCAUUGCACAGGAAGACUUCAUGUUUUUUUUUAUUUUAUUUUUUUAUUAUUUUUCCUCCCCAUCAGAUUUUGUUUUAAACAGAAUUUCUGAUAAUAGUGCUGACCUUGCCUCGUUGCUUGGCAAAUCUCUAUUUUCCUAAUUUAUAUAUACCAGCGGCCUUUGCUGCAUGCGUUUUUUUAAAUUUAUUUUUUUGUUUUUUCCUCCUCAUUGUUUCUUGUCUUUAUUUGGCUUUCUUUUUUAGUUUAUUUUUAUUUUAAUACUCUUUAAGUACUCCUGUGAAAUGCCUGUCUAAGUUUUUGUUUUUUUACUAUUUGUAAUACCUGCAUGUAUGGAUGCAAGAUAAUUUGGAGUCGCUUGACAGGCAGACAUCUGCUUUUAUGUUAAAAUAUUCUGAACUUCACCCACCUCCCAUACACCAUUAAUUAGAACACAGUGCUUAUUGCCUUGCCCCACAGUCUCUCACACCCCUGGCUGCUAAAUAGUCCAUGUAUGUUUCUUUACAAUUAUUAUUUUAUAUUAUUUUUGGUUGUGUAUAUUUCUGUGUUUUUAAAACUUUUUUGAGUUGGAACAAUUAACCCUUUUCUGCCAGAAUAAGCUUGCAGUCAUGGCUUCUGUCAGUGAAAGGGUUAAGCUCGAGAGUGUUCUGCACUGUAAUUUUUCAUUUUCAUUUACUUGUGAAAACCUUCAGGUGAAAUCUGUGGAUUUAAGAUUCACGACCAGGAUGUCCCAUUUGAGGCGGUGGUGCUAGACAAAUCCACUGGCGAAGGAGUGAUACGCUCUACGGAAAAGUUGGACUGUGAGUUACAGAAGGACUACACGUUCACCAUUCAGGCCUAUGACUGCGGGAAUGGACCGGAUGCCUCGAACACGAAAAGAUCUCACAAGUAAGAGAUACAUUUUUGGUGUUGGAGUCAGUCUCCACUGCGUAUCGGUUCUUCGCUAUGAACUAUCUUUAUCUUGCUUGUAUUGUCUUGCUAAACGUGUCUCUGGUGUUCUAUAUUAAGGGCUUUAAUAGCCGUUUUUACUCUUAAAAAUUAAAAAAACUGUUUGAGUUUGCAAGUCAAUAAUGGCAGGAUUUUUGUGAACUUAGCAACUCUUGAGUGUUCCUCAUAUCCACAGUGAAAAGUCUUCCCCUCUUGCCUUUUCCUGUUGUUCUAUUCACCUGGGGAACAAGUAACUGAUGAAGCUCACAAACCAACUGUAUCAUGGGAGCCAUAAUGGACCUGAAGGUCUUGGUGGGUUUGGGCAGCAGUGGGUCUUGUCAGUAUUUUAUGGCUAAAAGCAAGAGGUCUGUUAUUUGCAGACACAUUACCUGUAUUGCUUGUAAUAGUUUACAUUAAACAUGUUCGUUUUGAAGAUCUUUAAUAGAUUGUAAAAACAUUUUUUUUUAUUUUUUAUUUUGCUUUAAAAUGAUCUAAAACCUAAGACUCCCAUUUGACUGAGUGUAGUUACCAGGCACAUAUCCCACAACUCUGACAGCACCACUAUUGACCCGUAUUCUGGGCUUUGCAGCCAAAAGGAAAUGCGACUUUAGUUUCCAUAAUAGUAUCUUAACCUGCUCGUUGCAGAAGGUGAGAACUAUUUAUUUCAAUUUUUUGGGGUCAGACAGUGUUUGAAAACACACAGCCUCUCUGUUCUUCCCUACUACUGUGCAGAGAGUGAAGCGAGGAUGGCCAUAGCGUAGCUGUCCAUUUUAAAACCCUGUCCGACUCAAGAUGUAUGUAUGUGGCUGAAUUAUACUUUGAUACUAAAGGUAAUCAAAGCGCAUCGAACAGAAAUCUCUGAAUGUGUCUCCAGCGGUGCCAGUUUGGAAAGGACUCUGUAAGUUAUUGGUGUUUGAUACAAUAUCAAUAUCUCCCACUCGGUAGGAACAUCUGGUCCGGAGAUUGCAAGACUGUCGGCUAGACUUUCAUAAUCUAAAGCAUUCAGUCUCUUAAAGGAACACUUUAGCGUCUGAAAUGCAAUCAUAUAUGCCUGACAAUAUAGUCCUAAAGGGGCUGUGUAGAUUUAUUUUAAAUUUAUUUAUAAAAUAUUUUACCAGGAAAGAUACAUUGAGAUUUCUCUCGUUUUCAAGUAUGUCCUGGGUCCACAAAGCAUUGCAUUGAUACAUUAGGGUACAACAAAAUACAAAAACAAUAUUAAUACACAACAUAUACAAAAUGUAUUGUAGAACAGGUAGGAAAUAUAUAAUCAACCAUGAUUGCAGGUGCAUUCUGUUUUGAGGUAUGUAGAGAGGGAUCUCUUAAAGGACUUUAGGCUUGGGGAAGAUUUGAAAGUGUGCGGGAGGUCGUUCCAUAAUUGCGGCACUCUGUAGGAAAAUGAGGAUCAGGCUGAUUUCUUUUUGUAUUGAGGUAGACUAAAUAAAUUGCUGGUACUGGAUCAGAGGUUAUAGGAGGUGGGAACAGCCGGGGAGAGCAUUCUGCUCAGGUAGGGUGGGAGCUUCCCAGAAAAGAUCUUAAAGGACCACUAUAGGCACCCAGACCACUUCAGCUUAAUGAAGUGGUCUGGGUGCCAGGUCCAUCUAGGUUUAACCCGUUUUGCUGUAAACAUAGCAAUUUCAGAGAAACUCAGAGAAUGCUUUCCUAUGGACUGGCUGAAUGCGCGCGCGGCUCUUGCCGCGCAUGCGCAUUCAGCCAAUGACGGCAAAAAGGAGGAGGAGAGUUCCCCGUGCCGAGGGAGCCUGGCGGAGGGGGGGGGGGAGGAGGGGAGCUAAGGAAUUAACCCCUUCCACCCCCUAGAGCCCGGCGGGAGGGGGACCCAGAGGGUGGGGAGGACCUAGAGACCCUGUAGUGCCAGGAAAACAAGUGUGUUUUCCUGGCACUAUAGUGGUCCUUUAAACACAAGGCUGGAAAGAUGAAGGGUACGUCUGGUUUCCAGCGACAGCCAGUCUUUUAGCAUGUCUCAGUAGUGAGUUCUGUAAUUACAUUGUAGCACAAAUUGGCAGAACGAGUUAUACAAUGUGUUGAGUUUAUUAAUGUGGGAUUGCGGUGCAGAUGAAUAUACUACAUCCCCAUAAUCAAUGAUUGGCCUUUUGAAUUAGUUUUGAUGGAUAGGUGGGAAUUGUGUAAUUUAGGUACUGUUCCAAAGAUCAUUGUGACAGUUAGUCAGUGUUUAGGGAGAGUUUGUUUCUUGCGAUCCACUUUUCUACCUCUGUAAACUGGUCUUGGAGCCUCAAGCUGCGGUAGUUUGGAUUUGCUUGCAUAGAUUACUGUGUCAUCUGCGUACAUGUGUAUAUUUGAGGAUUUGCAGAUGAGUUUACUCACCUUUUCUCCCACGCUGGACCCGCCUCCAUAGCUGAGAUAAUCAAUCUUGAUGAUCUCAACCAAUCCAAUGCUUUCCCAUAGGAAAGCAUUGGCAGGCUAUUCAACAUGCGCGGCAAAAUGCCUUUUUAUAGAGAUACAUUGAAUCAAUGCAUCUCUGUAGGGAACAUUCAGCAACCUGCAGAGCUGGAGAUGCUGAACUUUACUGCACUGGGCUGAAAAGCACCUCUAGUGGCCGUCUGAGUGACUGCAUCUAGAGGUGUUAUUAGGCAGCAAUAUAACCACACUGCCUUUUCUAUGAAAAGGUAGCAUUCACAAUGCUGAGACUGCAGGAACAUGACACUACGCUGAGCUGUAUACUGUACGCUGAGCUGUAUACUGUACGCUGCGUUGUAUACUGUACGCUGAGCUGUAUACUGUACGCUGCGUUGUAGUGGUUCUGGUGACUAUAGUGUUCCUUUAACCCUUUUCUGGAUGCUUGCUGUAAAAGUUCAAUUAACCUUCUAUUCAGGUGCUCUAUGCUUCUCUAAAUACUGCCCACAAAUAUCUGUAUACCUGCUUCCAACAGCGUGCUGCUGCUAUAACAGCCUUCAUUUCUUCAAUAUGGUUUAACUUGCUACGGUUUAUGGCUAACUAUCAGAUGGCUAAAACCAGAUUUGCUUUGUUUCACAGUUCCCACUGCUCACCUUUAUAUUUCUGUAUAAUCUCUAAUGGUAGUUAUUUAAUGACUUCAAGAGACGUUUCUAUAAUCUCCGUCUAUACAGCAGACUCGGCUGACAUGUUAAACUGCGUACAAUAACGGCACAGUAUGUCCUUUCUGCGUGCAACACAAUUAGCUGUUGUAAUAUUCUCGGUUCAGUGAGGAUCCUAUUUGCUUUUCCAGCACAAAAACUAUCAUAGAAACAUAUAUGGAGUGUAAACAGGACAGGCAGACUGAGAAACAGGAGCUAUAUUUGACACGUGUGCAGUUAGUCUGAUGUUCCUGCUCUGAAAACCAAGAACUAGGACACCCCUAUUUCUCUGAGAGACUUAACUCAUGAAAUAGGUCAUUCGUUUGUUUUAUUUUUGUAAUUUUUUUUUUAAACAAAUUAAAUGUAUUCACUGAGAAGUUUGUGAAUGGCAAGUGCCAAGAUGGCAGAGCGUUCACUUCCGUCUUGAAACAUAGGCCAAAGCCAGCGAGGCAGUAACCCGCCCAGGUGUCUGACCGCUGAUAAAGUGUUUUAUAAAAGUGAGCGGUCUACAAGAAAGAUUUGGAGGGUUCCUUUAAUGCAGGCCUGAGCAACCUGUGGUGCCCCCAGAUGUUUUGAUGAAACUGCCAGGGAAUCAUUUGAGUUGUAGUUCAAAACAUCUGGGGGCGCAGGUUGUGCAAGCCUGCUUUAAUGUUCUUGGUGUUUGUCAUUCUGUUUUGUACAGAAAUAUAUUGCACAAGUUUAGAAGGUGUCCAACAUGAUUCUCUGCAUUAUGGGAGGCAUAGUUCCACUUGCGCAGAGCAUGCCUUAUUUCCAUGUAUUAGAGAUCUGUGCUGCUGGUCUGUCAUGCUUUAGUGGUAACUAGUAUUAUUGAUUUGCUGCAGGGCCACGGUACACAUCCAGGUGAAUGACGUAAAUGAGUAUGCGCCAGUCUUUAAAGAGAAAUCGUACAAAGCCACCGUUAUUGAAGGGAAGAAAUACGACAGCAUUUUAAAGAUCGAAGCUGUGGAUGCGGACUGCUCCCCUCAGUUCAGCCAGAUUUGCAGCUACGAGAUUAUAACACCUGAUGUGCCCUUCACUAUUAACAAAGAUGGUAAGAUUCUCAAGUCUGGGAUAAUGGUCUGAGCUGGUCCAUGUGUUGUAGUAAAAGCUACAUUAUUUGCAAUUAAAAGUCUGAAAGGCUCAGGCUAUAUAUUCUAUUUAUUAUUAGAAUGAAUAUCCUGUGCUGCGUUUGCAUCCUGAUAGUAUAACUCGUUACAGACUGUUCCUUGCGCUGCAUUUACAUAUUGAUAGAUCACUGUUAAGCCUUUUGGCAAAUAUUUUAUUUGGCUCUUCCUUAUUCAAGGAAACUAAAUCUGUACUUAUUACCAGUAUGCCAGAUUUUCUAAGCAAUUUUUGAUAGGUUUGUUUAUACAUUUUUGUUCACCCCUCCUUGAUUUGGGCAGAUUUCUAUCUGUUUCUCUUUUUAAAAGUAGCGUUUUGGCUUGUGUUCUGGAAAAUUAUAUCUAUGGUUCAUCCCCAUCCCAAAUCUCUGGGUAUCGUUCUCAGUGCUAUGUCUAAUGUGAAUUUUAAUGUAAUUGUGUUUCAAACUGCUCAACAUACAAAUAAACCAUGGUUUAGCUUUGUAGAGCACAACUUGUCAUUCCUAGAAAAUAGAUCUACAAAAUGUACAAUUUUUUUAUUUUAUUUUAUGUAUCAAUGCAGUUAUUGUACAGGGGGCAGAUGUAAGAAGUCCAGGUGCACACGCUGUGGAGAUGUGCACACUCAGAAUGCUUUGUGCACUCGGAUUGUUUAAAGUUAUGGGAUUUCUACAAAGAUCCACCCCAGAGCAGGAACCUUGAUGUGCCGAAAGUAUAACAUUUAAUCUAUGUGCGAUAGGUUUCACUAGCACACUGUGAAGAUGACUUAUUUACUGGCUGGAGCAGACCUCCGUCCACACAUAAUGCUGUAUCUAACUCUGAUUUUAUAACUUUCAGGUUUCAUAAAAAAUACUGAAAAACUGAACUACGGAAAGGAGCGUCAGUAUAAACUUACAGUGACCGCGUAUGACUGCGGGAAAAAAAGGGCAGCGGAAGACAUACUGGUUAAAAUCAGCAUUAAGCCUACAUGUAAAGCCAGUUGGCAAGGUGAGACGGUUUCCUUGCAUUUCUUGGCUUGUGCCAGUGGCAGCAGCAGACUCCUGUUUUUGUUGGUUUAAUUGCUUUAUUUUUGUGUAGGUUGGAGUAAAAGAAUAGAGUAUGAACCAGGUACCGGAUCUUUAGCUCUCUUCCCUGGCAUUCAUCUGGAAACCUGUGACGAGCCAAUUACAUCAAUCCAAGCCAAUGUGCAACUCGAAACUAGUCACAUCGGCAAAGGGUGCGACCGAGAUACGUACUCUGAGAAAUCCAUCCACAGGUUGUGUGGUAAGUGCCUUGUUCGGAUUGUUCUAAGCUUCUGUUCCUUUUUAAAAGCUGUGUGUCCAUGUGCAGCAUGCUGGUGACCUCCUUAUUGUCUGUCUGCAAUGAAAACCUAUUUCCUGAUCUAUGCAGGAGCCUCUUCAGACACCGCAGAACUACUCCCCCCACCCAGCAGCGCCACCAACUGGACCAUAGGCCUUCCUACCGAUAACGGACAUGACAGCGACCAAGUGUUUGAAUUUAAUGGCACGCAGGCGGUUAAGAUCCCCGAUGGCGUUGUCACUGUUGACCUUAAAGAACCGUUUGUGAUUUCAGUCUGGAUGCGGCACGGACCUGGUGGCAGAGACAAGGAAACCAUUUUGUGUAAUUCAGACAAGACAGGUACCCUCUCCUCUUCAUAUUUAUCUUUGGUUUUCUGAAAGACAAAUGGACUUGCAGAUUCUAUAGCUGUGGAUGUUAGGAAUUCCGUGUAUAAACUAUAUUUUUGUAACUCCCGUGGUGAGUGCCUGUCUUCGGAUAUUUCUGGUAAGUUUUAACUCUGAUCAUGAGAGGCAUUCAGAUCUUGCCCAGACCCCUUUGUUAUACCGCGAUACUAGGCUUCGUGGUAAUCAAUUGUCCAUUGGAGUUAAUUACUUUUGGAUAAAGCUGAAUUAUUCUGUCACAAAGCGGAAAUGACACCAUUUUCCCCCACAAUCUAUUGAUUUUCUUGUGCGUCCGUUAUCACAGUGUGUCAGUGUUAAUUUGCUUAUUUCUCCUAUUUUUAUGUAGAUUUGCAUUCAUUUGUAAUGUAUGAAUAUUGACGAGGCCUUCUAUAGAUUUUUAUUUGUCAUGUUCUAUCCCUGAGCACUCAGCUAUUGUAACCUAUAUAGAUUAUCCUGAUGACGUUAAAGCUGCCAGCAGAACUUAAUUGUGUGGAUUCAUAUUCCAAUUCCCAUAAUGGAUUCUUAGCUCAUCCUGUGACCUUGUGCAUUAAUUGUCAUUCUUUAACCCUUUUGAUGCCAUAUGGGGAGUAACAAUCAUUGUCACUAAUUGCAAUGUUCAUCCUUGUAUUUAUGUAUGAGGGACUCGGUGAGUCUAAUUUAGUGAAUAAAAAUAACCGUCCUUAGUAGAGAGCAAUGCACCCCUCUUAACAGGUAUACAAUAAAUGUGCACAUUCGGCUGUUGACCCCAGUUUAUAAUGCAAGAAGUGCAAAUAAAUAUUACAAUUGGGUUUACCGCGUUAAAGAUUGUGUUUUUGCAAAUGUCCUGUAGUUGCAGAUUUUGGUGUGUACUUUGUAGGUGGGGAAAUACCGCUUUGAUUCGGAGCAUAUCCAAGCCGUCUAUUAUGUACAAAGCAUUGGAGAGGAUUGUGGGAUAUAUAGUAUAGCUCUCAGCAGUAGUUAUUGCUGCUUCUGUGCAUUUUCUUUAGACGAGUUGUACCUGCCGUGAUCAGGAGGGAAACAGGCUCCCUCAUAGAAAUUUAGCAUAGUGCCUAAUAUUAAGCAGUGGUGCUCCAGAUCAUCCUCCUGCUGCAGGAUGUGAACAACACCAUAGGGGUUAGAUUAAUUUGCAUGCUCUGUUCUUACAUUGUAAUGUGUAAAUUGCAAAGAAAUAAAUAUUAAUUUAAAAUAAUAGACAAAAGGCACAAAAGGUUCAUACAUGAUUCCUCGGCAUAAAUGACAGAUCCGUUUAAAUGAUGGGUUGUGAGGUGCUUCCAUGUAACAACAAACGGCAAACUAUUCGAUGAAAAUAUUUAGCCGCAGCGAUCAAUUCUUCCAUUAGCAGGGAAUCUGAGAAUGGAACUGAGAAGCGAAACGCGAUCUCCACAUCAUUCUUUGAAAGAGUAAAGUGAAUGUAGCCAACAGAUUCCUGGUAAACAUGCAGUAACCUAGUCAUCGGUUAAAGGGCAAUGCAAAUAAAAUGGUUUAUUCACUAAACUGGCAAUUGUGCGAAUUUAGUCAAAUCUGCUUUUUUUUUUUUUUUUUUAAUCUUAUUUUUUCAAUUCCCUUCUCAGCUCUCUGCAGAUGCUGGUAUAGGGAAUAAAUCCCAGUGUAUUUUCUGUUGGUGUUAAUGGACGUUGGGCCAUAUUCACAUAAUACCUGCAUUCUUUAAAACUCAGAGCUGGGCUUUAUUUACUAAACUGCAAAUUGUGCAGAAUUAAUACAAGAAUUGCACAUAUUGGGCCAAACUCGCAUGUAUAUGUGUGUGUGUGUAUAUAUAUUAUUAAUGGUCUUAAAUGUCCACUUCCUUUGUUCUCCACAAUUCCCAGUGAAUCAAGUGAGUGAAUAAAGCACCUUGUUUUUUGUAUUCAGAAAUACCCAUUGUACUUCUGUUACUGUAUUGUUGUACGUACACAACACCUAUUGCACAGCGCUACAAUAUUUAUUGGUGCUUUUUAAAUAAUAAUAUUUGAAUGAAUUGUGAUUUUUGUUGUCUGAAUGUUUGCUACUCGUCUGUUCGCAGAAAUGAACCGGCACCAUUCCUCACUCUACAUCCACAACUGCAAGGUGGGCUUUCUGUUCCGCCAAGAGCCAUCUGAAGAGAAAAGCUACAAACCGGCUGAGUUCCACUGGAAACUGGACCAGGUAAUGCCCUCUAAAUGAGGCAGGAGGCUGAGAAACCAGUUAUAUCGGGACAUUCACUACAGUGAGAGUUUCAGAGUUAACGUUAAAAUAGCUGGUCUGUAGACAUUUUUUUGUUGCUACACCUACCAUAGAGAUCCAUGCUGCUCUCAUUCUGCUGGAACUGGAGGCAGCGAGCAUGACUUUACCCAUAGUGCACUGGGAGCUCGUUACUCAUGUAGCGUUGCCAGCAAGCCAUGGCUGCCUGUGUAGCAGAUUGCUGGGGGGGAGGUGUGGGAAGGAGAAUUCAGGGAGCCAGAGAACAAGCAAAAACACUUACAGAUUGGGGAAUAUGUUACACAUUGGACCUAGAAAUUAAAGCCGCGUUUAUUCGUUGAAUUAUCAGGGAUUUUCUUACAAAGACCCAGCUAACCGAGGCAGCUCAACGCUUUGAAUCCUGUCCUAGACACGUACAUUUUUUGUUUUUUUUUUACUAAUUUUAGUAGAAUUUUGUAUGAUCAUUAAAUGUCCUUCUCUUCUCUUAUGCAGUGCCUUCAGCACCGUCUCAGAGGAGCUGUCGAGGGUUGAUGAAAUUUCUAGUCCAGGUGGAGCCAAUUGGUUGGCCUGGCUAAAACUAGCUAUGAUUAGAUAUAGCGCUUUUUUUUUUUUUUUUUAAACUUAUUAUUUCAUUAAAACCGCUAGCCUUAAAGGGACACUAUAGUCACCUAAAUUACUUUAGCUAAAUAAAGCAGUUUUAGUGUAUAGAUCAUUCCCCUGCAAUUUCACUGCUCAAUUCACUGUCAUUUAGGAGUUAAAUCACUUUGUUUCUGUUUAUGCAGCCCUAGCCACACCUCCCCUGGCUAUGAUUGACAGAGCCUGCAUGGAAAAAAAAAACUGGUUUCACUUUCAAACAGAUGUAAUUUACCUUAAAUAAUUGUAUCUCAAUCUCUAAAUUGAACUUUAAUCACAUACAGGAGGCUCUUGCAGGGUCUAGCAAGCUAUUAACAUAGCAGGGGAUAAGAAAAUCUUAAUUAAACAGAACUUGCAGUAAAGAAAGCCUAAAUAGGGCUCUCUUUACAGGAAGUGUUUAUGGAAGGCUGUGCAAGUCACAUGUAGGGAGGUGUGACUAGGGUUCAUAAACAAAGGGAUUUAACUCCUAAAUGGCAGAGGAUUGAGCAGUGAGGCUGCAGGGGCAUGUUCUAUACACCAAAACUGCUUCAUUAAGCUAAAGUUGUUCAGGUGACUAUAGUGUCCCUCUAAAACUCCUUCUCCUUGAUGGGACACUCCACUGCCCCAAUCACUAUUUAGUAGAGAUUUCCCAAUGAAAUCUGCCAUGCAUUUAAUUAUACGGUUUUGUUUCCACUGGGAGUAUAUCUAAAACCAGUUAGAUUAAAUAAACAAAAUGACUGCUAUGGAGUAAGGCAGUAGGAUGUGCACAGAGGUGAAAACGAGCUUCCCCAUGCAGGUGCACUGCCUUCCAGGGAGAAUAUAACGUGUCACCAGUGCGCUGACCACAGACUUAAUAUUGGGCUGCCUGUAUCACGUGCUGGGGAAUUGAUUUUAUCUCUGAAUGUGCAGUUAGUGUUUAAAGUUGAAACGCUGUUCAAUCAGACUCCUACUAACACCACUUCAAAUCUCUUAAUUGGUCGUGGUGGUUAACGUAACCCUUCAAUCCUAAUGGGACUUGCUUUGAUUGGGAAUCCCAAUAUUGUUCAGUACACAGAUUAAUUGCUGGGAUCAUUGUAAAUACAACCUUUCUGUUUUUCUUUAUUGCCUUACUAACAGUUUCUUUGUAUGCUAUGUGUCUCUCUCUCUUAUUGUAUGUAAUAUGUCUUCCGCUGGCCAAAAACUACAAUCACAUAACUUUACACAACAUUGCUCCCCUCCAGCACUUGAACUGGGAAUUUCCUGGUUUAGCUCAGAUUGAGUGUUAGCAUUUAAUCUCAAAUACCUGCCUUGGAAUUUUGUAUUAAUUGUUGCUGCUGUUUCCUUUCAGGCCUGUGACAAGGAGUGGCACCACUAUGUCCUGACAGUAGACUUUCCCACUGUUACCCUUUAUGUGGAUGGAGUUUCUUACGAUCCUAUCACAGUUACUGAAGAUUACCCUCUGCAUCCAACACAGAUCGAUACCCAGCUGGUGGUUGGCGCCUGUUGGCAAGGUAUGUCAUAUUCACCAUCUUACUCUGCAGAGACUGGGUUAGUUCAUCAUUUUAUCUCAUGAAAGUCUUUCAGACAACUCUAGUGUUUUAUUGCAUGCAACAAAAUCCAUGUACUAAUUCUGAGGUCCACAUAUAAUGCCUUGUUUAACUUUUUUCCACUAGUCAUGGGAUUUUUUUUGUGUUGCGGAUCGGAAGAAUAAUCCUGAAUGAGACUUUGAUGUUUUCACUGAUAAGUGAACCCAAACACGUUCAUAAACGGUCUAUGUGUAUAAGAAAUGUGUGCCUUUAAUUGCCCCUCUGGUGUGGAAUUCUUGAUAGAAGAGACCGUGCUUCCACUGCUGUCUGUGCCUUCUUGUACUGAUGCACUUGUUUUUUUGUGCCAUGGUCUGUCGAUGAAGCAAUGUCCCUGAUCCUGUGGUCACUUCCCUUGUUUGUCCCUUUUCUUGCUUUUCUACAGAGUAUUCAGGAAGUGGAAAUGUCACUGACCCAAUGCCAGAGAGUGAUGCAGGUGGCUGCGGUUUUGUACAAUUCCUAUCCUCCCCAUCCAUCUCCUCUGCAUGAAAUCUAAAUGGCUCUCUGCACACACACAUAUAUAUAUAUUUUUUAUUUAUUUUUUUCAUUUUCAUAUUUUCAGCCUCCAUCUGUCAGUUAUUAUUUUUCUUUGUAGAAUCUCUAAGGUUUUAUUUCAACUCAUGACCUCCAGGGACACUGCUAACCUUUAUGCUUUCCAUCUGCAAUAGCUGUGUAACAUUGGUGGGCUUAUUGCAGGAAUAAACUGUCUGCGCAGGGAAGCAAUAUGCCGGAUACGUGUCUGGAUGUAUGCUCAGGCUGCUCUGGAACUUAGCUGUCAGUUUAAUGUUUUAUACAAGGCUUUCUCAAACUCCGGCCCUCUAGAUGUUGCUGAACUACAACUCCAAUGAUUCUAUGAAUGAAAUAGGUUGAGAAUCAUGGGAGUUGUAGUUCAGCAACAUCUGGAGGGCUGGAGUUUGGGGAAGCCUGUUUUAUUCCUAGUGUCAACCAGAAACCUCUUAAAAUGGGACCAUCACUUCUCUGGAAAUGAACCAUUGAAAAUAACCUACAACUUGCGUUAAACGUUUUCACUGUGAUGCUCCAUUUUAUUCUCAACAUAUAUUAAUGAUUUGGCAGAUGACAUCACAGUCGAGUUCAUUCCUGGCACAGCCUGAAUUAUUUUCUCCUUGUACAAUGCAGCCUCUCUGCUUCUACAUACCAUGAUCACUGAAUGAAAACGGUAGUGUUUAUAACCAUUGACAGGGAGCCAAGAUGGAGACGCUAGGUUCCAUAAUGUGUGGAUUUCGACUAUUAAUUUUAUUUUUAUACUUCACUUAUACAUGUUUGUUAAAUAGAGUAAACAGAAUAUUAAAAGGUUCCUGUGUAAUCAAACUAACAGAUAUGGAACUAUUAAAAUCUGUAUCCAUUUGGAGAGAUUUUACAGAAAAUAGUGUAGUAACCCAAAAACAAUUAAAUAAAGCAAACUCGUAAUUCGCAAUUGUUUUAAUUCAGUUUUUUUAUUUUCUUGCCUGUAAUUCCCAGUAACUAUACAAAUGGCAUAUACAAACUCAAAGCUCAUGGUAAUCCGUUAGAAUAUAGUACUUUAUCGAGUAUUUCAUUAUUUUCAGUUGUUCCGGCCCCCCCAAAGAUCCAUCUGCAUGUAAUGCUCCCUCAUUGCUCUUGAAUGGGACCAGGCUAACUCUCAGCACUGAAUGUACUAACCUGCAUGCCAAACACUAGCCAUCUAUUGAACAAUAACGUCUCACUACUCCACGGCGCCCCCAAACGUAUCUGGAGGAGACUGACUGUCUGCUUGCCCUUUUUUCGUUUGGCAGGUGGGGAGGCACACAUGGCUCAAUUCUUCCGUGGCAACCUGGCAGGGCUCAUGAUCCGUUCUGGAAAAUUAGAGAACAAGAAAGUGAUUGACUGUUUAUACACCUGCAAGGAAGGUCUAGAGUUCCAGCCAGUGGAAAACAUUGGGAAAGGCAUGACGGUAAGACAGAAUGCAGGUCAUAGUGCAAGCAGAGAGUUGCUUAUUGGUGCGUUCAAACAAGCAGCUUGCUCUAUUUAAAUCCUCGUAAAAUAAAUGAAACCGAGCGGUGCAUAGAAAGUUACAGAGUAAGAGAGAUUUAUUUUAAAUUUGGGGUGGAUGAGUGAGUGCUGUAAUGAUACAAAAAGAGUGGAAAGUACAGCCUUGAAGUGGUAAAAAUCUAUAUUUGGAAAUCAAUCUAUUUUGUAGCUGGUGUGCCUUCUUGUAGAUGUAGUGAUAGGGAGUAAAUGCCUGAAACAGACUAUUUAUUGAAUCUUUCAAAUCAGUGAGGUUUUACAUGUCACCUUAGUAAAAUAAGCCUUCAUGAGAACAUCUUUCAUUAAUCCAUUUAAUCGAAGGUUUUACCAUGUAAAUAUUUCCCAUUAAACAAACCAUUUGUUCAUUUUGUAUUUUAUUAUUAUUAAGUUAGUUCAAAGCAUUUAGCUAGUUGUAGCUAUGAAGCUGAUUGUGUCUGUAGACCCAGAACCAGCUAAAUAAAGUAUUUGGCCCUAAAUCUCCCCGAGCAGAGAGGUUACAUCUCGAUCCCUUUGCAGGAUCACAAUAGGUGAGAUGUCGUAGGCAUUGCUAAAAUCUCACUGUCGCAGAUUGAUGGCAACAUAUCCUAUAAAAAGGUGUCUACAGAUUUACUUGCAGUAAUAUUCGCUUUGCCAGUUGUAUCCACCUCCAAUAUAGCAAUUUAAAAUAACGCUUUGUUGAGGGAUUUUUACUUUUUGCUCCUCGCUUCGCCCUGUUACUGGACACGGAGUCACUGUGUGAUGUUUGUUGGUAACAAAACUCUUUGUGACACUAGUGUUCCAGUUUAAAACCAUAUUUCCUGUUUUAUUUAUUUGCAUUUGGUUAUAUAUUUGUUUAAAUUGCGUGGAAUUCAUAGCAGCCUUAUAGGACCGUUUGUCAGAUAUUAGUAUGGAGGGCCCACUAGCAAUAAACUUAGAGAGAGAGAUACUAUAGUGUUAGGAAUACAAAUUAGAGUGUGAGGACGUCCAGCGUCAUUUGGUGAACUUAGUCCGCUAGCAUCCAGGAAGUGCCACCCACUGGAGGCAGCCAUAGUCCGGCAAGGUAAUUAUUGCAGUUUCUCAAAAACCGUAAUGUUUAACCCCUUAAGGACACAUGACACGUGUGACAUGUCAUAAUUCCCUUUUAUUCCUGAAGUUUGGUCUUUACGGGGUUAAAUUGUGAUGGGGGUCCAAACUAGUAAUCUGCCUAGGGGUCCUGUGAGAUAUUAAUCCGGCUUUGGCUCACAGCUAAUUGCUGCCUUGUUUGGGUACAAUGGGCAACAUUUUUGAGGAAAUGUUAAAUUCCUGCUAUUGGUCAGUAUUUGGAAUUGCAUUUGUAGAUCUAUUUUAGGCGAGUAUCAGUUAGCUGAGAAUUCUAUUGGAAUUAUAACCUUGUCACGUAUUGUAUGUCGCAGGCUGCUGAAAAUGGCAUGGCAGGAACUGCCUACUUGGUUUGAUUUAUUGAAACUUAGAGUCCUGCAGUUUAAUUCAGCUUGAUCUGUUUGUGUCUUAGAUCACCCUGAGCCCCAGCCAGUCUGGGCUGACCAUGGAAGGAGAUGACAUCGAUCGCUUUGACCAAGCAAUGCAGCAUGUCUCCUACCUUAAUUCCCGUCAGUUUCCCACUCCUGGAAUCCGACGGUUUAAGAUCACUACCACGGUGAAGUAAGUACCAUUACUGUUGCCUGUUAAGUCUCCAAUUUUUUUUCCCAUGGAUGGAGAACUGUUUUCUUUAACACAAAAAAAAAACUAUCAACUUAAAGCAGAAAUGUCAACAUCUGGAUGCGGCCAUUUUGUUCUCCUCUGUCCAUGAUGUCUGCAGUUUGCCCUUCUUGGGAUUGUUUUGAAUGAUGGGUUGUGGUUAAAUUUGAUUGGCAACUGAAACAGAAUCUUGCUUAAGAUCUGCCCCUUUGCCAUUUUUUUUAUUUGAUUUAAAUUUUUUUUUUUUUUUUUUUUAUACCGACUGCUUUAGUGAGAAAAUAUUUUGUGAAACGCGGAAUAAAAUAGAGAUUCAGACACAGGCUCUAUAUAGAAGCAGUUCAUUAUUUGUGACACUUUAUUUCUCCUAGAUCCUCCUCCUCCUUAGAGAGUGUAACGAAAUCCCCUAUUUACAGACCAUACGAACCAGCCUGUUCGGUUAUUUGGAGGAUUACAGCGGGAUUUCGUGGAAAUAGCAAUAAAAGCGAAUAAACUACCGAACCACCGACCUCCCACUGAGGUCGUGUGGCGCCUAUUGACCACCCUGACUGUUGCGGUUAACCACAGACUAAUUGGGGAAUAGCUGGUGGUCCGCGUUUGUUUACCGAACACGUGGCAAUCGCCAUUUUGUAUUGUCGAACGCUCAGCGGUAAAUGGCGAGGAUUCCCUGGAACUGAUUUCGGCUACUUAUUUUGUCGAACACCGCUGCUACCUUCUCCCAUCCUCGUUCGUACGGUGGAAAAACACAAAUGAAGGGGUUACUACUUCAUUCGUGCGCUGAAAGUAUGCGAAAGUGACCGACCCCAUAUAGCUAUAGUAUGGAACUUGCAGUCGGCUACAAACACACGAACGGCCGGUGAAAGUCAAACUUCAGUCGACGAUUCUGAGAACUGUGUUCGUGGGAUCUGAGCGCUAUUCGCCUAGAAUAUGCACUCAGAUCUAAGCUAUCUGGGGAUAUGUGGAACUUAAAGUUUAUGUUGUGUAAAAAGAAAGUUAUAUAUUUUUAUUCUGUUUUGCUGAAAUAAGAAAAGCCAUGUUUCUUUCUUCCUGGAGAUAAUUAAGGCUCUCUUUGCUACCUUAAGUUAAUUAUCUCCAGGAUGGAAAAGAGGGAGUGAUUUAUGUAAAAGGGGAGUGCUUAUGCUAUAGCCACUGUGAUUGGCUAUUGUGUUACUUUUGUCCCAGUCUUCCAUCUGGUCCCCUAGGGGAGUGUCCACCAGGUGGGAGACCUGCAUAAAUACCGGGCGGGUAGCCCACAGUAAAUCAGAUCGUUUUACCCCUUCAUGAAGUCUCAACUCAUGUUUGGGGGAUUGGGAGUUAUAAUCACUUCGUUUCAGCUGGAUUUCGGGAGAAGCUGCAAGGAUCAUCGCUGCACGAAUAGAAGGAUCCUUUACAGAGAGGGAUUUGGUUAAUGAUGAGAUGUUGCCAGUACCAAUCAUAUCUUAAAGAUGUUCUUAAAAUUAUCCUCAAAGUUUCUUUUAUUAUUAUUUUUUAUUUAUUUUUUUAAUUGUGACAACACUUCAUAUUUGGAAGCUGCUACAGUUGUGAAAAGAAUAAAAAAAUCCAGAAAAACGUUUAAAAGACCUUUCUGAGCACUAUAAUAUCAAUACUUUGAUAGCGAGUGCGCCUGACCCCGUUAGUUACUUAUCCAGCUGUUUUCAUGUAAAAGGUAGAUCUGUCUCUUUUUCUCAGUAUACUCUUGCGACCCAUUUUUUUUGUUCUCCAGAAGUUUAAAGGGAUAAUCCAGAUGUGGACCCCUUGCUCACGGUGCCUAGGGAGAUAUCAGCUGUGCCUCACUGAUGAUGCCUAACAAGGCUGAAACGAUCGUCUGGGGUUGCUGUGUCUCUCGUGCAGAGAGAACUUGCUGGCAUUUCGGAUCUGGACUGCCCGUAUGGGUGGGACUAGUCUGAUGUGCUUCAGGUAUGUUCUUCUGUAAUGGCACAAGAUGAGCAAAAACCAGCUUGAGAUCCAAGCGGGGACCCACCGAAAGGCCGGCUACUUCAGCUGCUGCCCGUUCUCAGUAUACUCUUGCGACCCAUUUUUUUUUGUCUCUUGGUGAAUGUACUACUCCUAUGAUGCUGUGCCACCCCUAGAGGAACAUGUGGUGAAAGCGGCCUCGCCACUGGUUUUUGGAGGGGACUGAUUGCCAGCCGUGGGACUAUGGCCCCUGGGGUAUUGGGCACUUUAAAAACAGUAUUGGGGCUAAUGGAUUUCUAUUGUGCUGCUGCUGGCCCUUUAAAAACCGUCUAGGGACAUAUUGAGACUGUGUGACAAUGCCUCUUUAAGACUAUGUCCCCAGACCUUUAAAAUCUUUUGUCUAUGGCUUUCUCCCACUUGGUUCAGUUAAUGGAGCGUACUGAACCAAGUGCUACACAGGCGGACCACCCAGAAGUGGAAGCGUGCAGGCAAUUUACCUCCCAGGCUGGGAGCCUGCUGUAGGUAAAUUGCUGACCGCUGGGGGGGCGCCGUUCGUACAAACGAACGCAGUCAGCGGUAUGUGCAGCCAAAUUCAUGGAACUGAAAUCGGCUACACAUUUCAACGAACACCACUGACCCUUACUGUAGCAGAUGGCACUGGGCUGUCCUUGAAAUUGUGUGAAUGUAUUCGUGUAAAUUGCAGGAUUAUAUGUGUAUAAAUAACUUGUAUUCGUCUGAUUGUUCGGUAGAAUCAUUCGAACAACUAAGGGAAUGAAACUACCGAACAGUCAGACCUCCCCUGUGUGAAGUGUGCCUUCAAUUACCCGUUGCAACAAUGUUGCGAAUGGGUAAUUGACAAGCUGUGCAGUAGGUCCUUUGUUCGCGGGGUGGCCGCCAUUCGGGAUACAAACACGUGGCGCCGGCCAUUUUAAAACUCCCGAACAGCGGUGUUUUGCCGUUGAGAGUCUGGAACCCAAAUCGGACACUCGACUAGGCAAACACCGCUGAGACCUCCAUACGCACGAUACGUUCGCUACCGAACGGCAACUCGUUCGGUAGAAAGAAACAACCGAACGAGGGGAUUUAUGCGAACCCUCCCUGAUCUCUGUAACAUUAGCCUUUCGCGCAGUUUGUUCCCUUAUACUGUGACCGACCGCAGGGCACCAUCGCAUGGAACCCAAUUCGGCUGUUCUCUCCAGCGCAGUCAGUCUUUUCAUUACCUCCACAAAUUUCCCGAACCCCUGGUCCGAUCUGGGUGAUUUUUGGAUAUGUUGCUCACCCAGAUCAGGGCUACCAGGGGAUGCGCCUAGGUUUAGGGGUACAUCCAGAAACUGGGAGAAUUUGUGUACUGUAUAAGGGGAUUAUGAGUCAGGCUGAGGGGAGGAGAUGUGUGGGAGGUUACCAGAACAGGAUUGGAUACUGUACAAAUUAAUGGAAAUCCCUCCCUUGCAUGGGAGCAUGCUUUAUAAGGCCACUGUGGAAAUAAAGGUUUUAGUUCUGCUCCUGAUGCUGUGUAUCGUCCAGUUAUUGGGAUUGCUGUUGGGAUAUUGCUUUAUUGAUUUACCUGCUGGAAACCUUGCUUUAUGGAUUUAUAAUUACUUGUUCCUGAGCCUCACUGGGAUCUUAAGCGGAGAUAACCUGUGGAAUACUAGAUCUCCGCUACACUUACCUUCUCCUACACUUAGACUCUGCGGCUGGAAACUAAAUCCCGUUUGGCAAUUUGAAUGUACUGCUAUCCUAAGCCAAUUGCACGAAUGGUGCCUUGUGCGUGCAUUCGAAUGGGACUUAGUAAUUUUUUCUGCCUGAAAUAGACCGACCGCACAGCCCAAAUCUAUGGAACUGUUUUGGGCCGGAAAAUGUGCUUGCGGUUGGUCAGAAAGGACUUCCAGUUAACUUUUUAACCGCUGGAGGGAUUUUUAUGAUUUUUGAGUGUGUUUAUAUUUAAAGUAUGCUGAUUAUUAAUAUGUUUUGUGAAGAUUGAAUGUAUAGUUUUAAAGUUACAGUACAUGUGUAAAAAGUAUAUUUUUCCUGCCUGUGGUAACAUUAACCCAUUGUGUACAGUAAUUAUAUCAUAGGCAGAGGGGAGGAUUUUGUGGGAAUCAAUGGGAGUGUUUUACUAUAUAUUUUACAUGUUUGAUUGGCUGUUCUUAAAAACCUUGUGAGCGGUACUAUGUGUGUAAAAUGUGCAUAAAAGCAGUAUGUUUCAUUAAAAACUUCAGUUCUACUUCAGCCUCCAUUUGGAGUGCCGUCUCUUAUUGGGGUGAAUCUGCUACAAGGGAUUGCUAUGCUCUGCAUACUCUCUUGCUAUAUCACUACUAAGCUCUUGUAAGAGCUUGUUCCUGUCUUGCUCUCUGAAGGAGUCAAUGGUGGUUAUGGUGUCUGGCGGAGCGCUUGGAGCCCUCAGGAAGCGCUAGGAGCAUCCAUCAACGGAGGUACCCAGUCAGGGUGCCAGGUGAUCCGUUACAGAACACUAUAAGGUCAGGAACACAAACCUGCAUUCCUGACCCUAGUGUUAAAAUCACCAUCUAGCCUCCUUGUCCCCUUAAAUAUAGUAAAAGCGUAUCUUUGUAGCGGAGGUACAAUAUCCCACAGAUUAUCUCCGCUUAAGAUUCCAGUGAGACUCAGGAACAAGUAAAUAAUAAAUCCACAGGCGAGGUUUCCAACAGGUAAAAUAAUCCAAUAGUAUCCCCACAGCAAUCCCAAUGACUGGACGACACACAGCAUCAGGAGCAGAACUGACAACCUUUAUUCCACAGUGCCUUAUAUAGCAUGCUCCCAUGCAAGGGAGGGAUUACAUUCAUUAACACAAUAGCCAAUCCUGUCCUGGUAACCUCCCACACAUCUCCUCCCCUCAGCCGGCAUCAUAAUCCCCUUAUCCAGUACAGCAAUUCCCCCCCCCAUUUCUGGAUGUACCCCUAAACCUAGGAGUACCACUUUAAAUUAUGCAUCCCCUGGUAGCCCUGAUCUGGGUGAACAACAUAUCCAAAAAUCACACUGUGGACCGGGAUAACCCCCACCGGUCCAGAGGGGGAGGGGGGGAUAGCAGACCAGCAAACUCGCUGGGGGGAUCCGGUGUCGGAGAGAGCGGCUGCCUCUCCCCGGCUCCAGCUUCAGUAGGCCGCACCCGGCAUUUUGCUUCCCUGGUUCCGACAGGUCCCAGAGAGGUAUUGUUCGGUUCAGGAGUGCACCCCCAGCAUGGGUAGUGCACCCCAGUGGGUCCUUGGGCUGUGUAGCCACCGAUUUUGCCCUGUAUUUUCCCCGCUUUGCCGGAGCUCUUGUCCCCUGCUUCUGUACAGCUAGGCGGUCAGACUCCGCCCCCGGAUAUCUGCAUAUUUUAUAUUUUAGUAUUUUUAUUUUUUAUAUAACCUGUUUUUAUUGCAUGAAUUUACUAACAUUAUCAACAUUUAGGAAAGGUGGAUGGUGGAGCGAAUGAGAGUUUAGUCUGCAAUGUAAGAUUCUAAUAAACUGCCCUGUAAUAAAGUAAUCAGGAAGGCAAAGUAAAGGCCAUUCUAUAUUUUAUAACCUAAACGUUUUAUGCAACGAAGCACAAAAAUAAAUCUCGUUUUAAAUAAAAUACGAAACUAUGAGCUCCGGGUACAUGGAGAAAGGCCGAAUAAUUGUAUUUAAGAACUGUUACCUGGUAAUACCAUCACCUGCAGAAAACGGCGUGAAUAGUGAUUAGUGGCUUUUAGUCUGUUUCGAGCUGAUUUUCUGUGUUGUAUAUUUCAGGUGUGUCCGAUGUAGUGUAUGUGUUUACGUUGGAUGAUAUUUAUGACUGGGCUGUUUAGGAUAAGUGCAUGCAAAGUAGGCUGGCUGGUAUUUGUAAAGUGCGAGUAGCUGGGAAUUCAUAAUUAAUUUCAAACUUUAGGCGAUAAUAAGCCAAACUGAAACUUCAGUAUUUUCUAUUUGGCUACUUGAACCCAAAAUUACAGUUUUCCUACUUUAGUGAAUAAACCGGUUUGACUGUAAAUGAUUGAAACCAAUAACAUAAUGGCAGGAUAGAGGCAAACCAGUAGAUGCUUGUUGGCACCAAUGAGAAGGGAAUCGCAGACGACUAGUGAUUAUUGACAUUACGAAUUCUUCACUAACCGGGUACCUGAAGUAAAAUAUUACAUACAAUCUUUGUGAAAGUGCAAUUAAUUUUUUCUUAGUCUGCAACUUUCUUGCAGUUAAUGACUCACAAAUUCCCUAAUCCUCCAGCCGUCUUCGGUGUUGUGUUGUACAUGGUUUGAACUUCAACACUUUAUUUCAUGCUACACUUCUGCCCUUUGUCUUUGAAACAAAAUUCUCAUGUUGACAAUCAUCAAAAUGAUCAUGGCAUUUAUCACAAUGAACCUAUAACAACCCUGUGCUUUGCAGAUGUUUUAACGAGGAGACCUGUAUCACAAUCCCAGAUGUUGAUGGGUACGUCAUGGUGCUGCAACCAGAGGAACCCAAAAUCAGUUUGAGUGGCAUUGACCACUUUGCUCGUUCAGCUUCCGAGUUUGAGAGCGGUGAGGGGGUCACCUUGUUCCCCGAGCUCCACAUCAUCAGCACAAUCACACGGGAAGUGGAGCCUGAAGGAGAAGAAUAUGAGGAUCCAACAGGUUUGUAGAUAUGUCAUAGUGGAUGGGUUUUUUUUUUUUUUUUUUUAAAUCUUUAGUUAUGUUGUGCACGGGAUAACAAAAAUCUUGACAUGCCACAACAAUAAUGACAAGCGUAGUGAAAACAGGCAGUAGAAACAUUGACAUGGCUUUUAGGUAUACUGCACAAUUUUAUAUUCUAGUAGAAGGAGAAAUAGUCAGUGGUGAGACAACACAUAUUACAAUAAUCAGACUAUACCGGCUGACUGUGACUAGUAUAAAUGGAAAUAUAUGGUUAUGUAACAUGCUAGAUGGUGUGUACCGCUGGGUACUAAGAAAGAAAGAGUAGUAAGACUUGUCAGCACUGAGUGACAGGGAUUGGGAAUGUCCUCUCCCGAUUGUCAGUCCACUCCACUAAGAGUCCUUCUCCGAGCCAAAGAUAUCCAACAAGAGGAGAUGUCUGUCCAGGCAUCCAGCAUGCCGUGUGAGACCUUUCCGUGCUCGUGAAGGUCUUCGUUCCCUGGGUGUGUGGGGGGCCAUUGCCCUGUGUCCGUGGGUACCCCGGCUACAUGUGAUAGGAUCUUGGGCCCUAAGGUCCUCCGAAUUUUGGGGACCCCCUUGGGUGUAUGGGCGAUGGGUGGUAGGCCUACUCGGGCCCCCAGCCCGGAAGAAGAGAAUGCAGUUCUAGUAGAAACUUGGGUCCCAGGGUUAGCAUGCGAUAUGGGCAACGUGUUGCUGACUCUGGGUUGGUGCAGCAUGGUGUUUCUUCUGUGUGUGCUGCUGCAUUCGCUGGGCCAGUUUUUGCCAGAAGGCUGCGAAUAUUGCGUCCAGCUUGGUGCCCAAGUCGGCCCGUUCUGUGAUGCAGGGCGAGAGACACUUAGGGCUCCCCCAAGUCGUGGAGGCUUUGAAUGGACCGCCAAACCCAGCGCAAAAUGCUGCUGCAGGACUCUCUGCUGCGGUGAGGAGGUAAGUUUCUCCAGCGGGGACCGGGAUAUCCCCCACCGGUCCAGAGGUGGGUUGUGGGGCUGUCAGAGGAAUAGAGGUAACCGCAGGACCUGAGCAGGGGGAUCGAUAGUCUCUCCCAGACUACAGGCCAUGUGUCGGGCUAGGCCGCAUGGUCGAAUUCCCAGAGGAACAGCAAGAGACGAGUAUCCCUGUGUGUGCACUCAGGUCAGUCCUCUGGUCCCUCCGUGGUAAAACCAAGGCGGGGGUUAACGGUUCAGGCUUGUUGUUUGUGCAUUAAUGUCGGAGCUGUAAGAUGGCACGUCCAGUCAUCUUGGCAGUCAGGCCCUGCCCCCAUAGUGGAUGCUUUUGUCUUACUCGAUCUGUGCUCCAUUAUUGAAGUGGUUGUGAGUAUGUAGAUUAAUGAUUGCGUGGCUUGUCACCCUGCUUUUUGACCAUACAGCUGAAACCCCAGAUUAAAUCAUAGUGAGCAAGCCCUGUCAUUCUCAUCUAAAGCUUGUUUAUGCUGCUUUUCAAAGGCAAUUUUAUUUCUGUUCUUGUAUGUUUUUGGUUUUCUUUUUUCUAGGUUGUCUAUGUUGACAUUUUUAAGGCUUGCAUUGAUUGUCACCUCCUUACCGUCAUCCAGAAGGACAAAUCCAUAAUCUUAAUUUUUUUGUUCUAGUGCAAGAGUCACUUGUGUCUGAAGAAAUUAUGCACAACUUGGACAGCUGUGAAGUUGGAGUUUUGGGAGAGGAACUGAAUCCCAACCAGGAGAGUCUGCAAGUGGACAUCACCCACCUACAGCAAAAGGGACUGGAGAUAAGCAACUCCAACCUUGGCAUGAUCAUCACAGGUUAGCCACCAGUCUCGGAGUUUUCAGGGAAAUCUGUGUCUAUUACUUGGGGAAACAUCUAAAAAACUUUUUUUUUUAUUUUUUUUUUAAGUCUUUGUUUUGGGUUAUCUUGGUAAAGUAUAAUGUCAGUGCUAUUUAGAUUUUAUCUUUUUUGAUUCUGUAAAUAAACAGUGUGUCUUUUAGGUGUUGAUACAAUGGCUAACUAUGAAGAGGUUCUUCACCUGAUACGAUACAGGAACUGGAAUUCUGCAUCCCUCUUUGACAGGAAAUUUAAACUUGUGUGCUCAGAGCUGAAUGGACGCUACAACAGUAAUGAGUUCCAAGUAGAGGUGAGUUUUUGCCAACUUUUUGAGUUUAUAGACUAAAAGCAAACUAGUGUUUAGGAAUACAAAGCUUUGGGGGUGCAGUUAUUCGGCACUGGAAACUGAGUGGACAUUGGCAGGAAUUCAGAAAGUGGGGUCACAAUAUGCAAAUAGCAAAAUGUAAAGCUUUAAAAUGCUAAUUAUGAUUUUUUUUUUAAAUAAAACUGGGGGGCGGGGCCGCUGAGCUGAGCGGUCGCAGGACAGCUCGGCUCCUGCAAAAAGAGGCACAUAAAGCUCGUAUAUCAUGAUUAUGAUGGAAAUAACCCACCAAUACCUGCAACCCUCGAAGUAACCGGGCUGCCUGAGCUGGGGAGAGGCUUGCUCCCGGAGUUAUAGUCCUUCAGAGUAGAGGGGACGCUGCUCCCCUAUCCUGCCCGAAGGAGCCCCGACACACGCGUGCUAUCUGCGGAUCCGGUCCUGGUUCCCCCCUUCCCCCCCCCCUUCUUCUGGACCGGGGGGGUGAUCCCGGUCCCCACCCUGGGCCCACCAGCGUGCAGCAACACCUGCACCCCAGGCUGUGACGGAGAACCAAGACUAGGAGGGCGGAAACCGAGUAAGCAGGAAGUUGGAUGUACCCACCUCACACUGGUGGCAAGAGGAAACCGGCGAGUACCUGCUGAGACACAUUCCAGGUUAAGCCAAACGGCGGCGGAGAAGCCAGGACCAUGCCGAGCAGUAGCACGAGCAAGCGGCAGAGGCCGACACCAGCAAUGUGCCACCGGGGGGAGAGGCCGUGCCCCAGCGACGAAGCCCCGCACACUAUUAUUCUCAAAGCACCGCGAAGAUGCCAACUCACAAGAACCAACGGCCUGCAGAUGCGAAGUGUAUUCGGACACAGCACAGCGGCGGGGAUCCAGCCCCCACCAGAGGCAGGCACUGAACUAUACCGCAAGUAAACCACGAGGGGUCUGUUGCUCCGUCACUGGCCUGGACAGUACCAAAGCUUUGGUGCCUAUGCUGCCACCAUACUCCGCUAUAUUACACAGACCAGCCUCAUGGCACACAGCCACUGACUUCCAUCUGGCCGGUGGUGGGUUAAACGGGGGUAUGUUUAAACCUGCGUAUGUUUAAAGCAUUUAUCUAUAGGCUACAUCUGUCCUGUUCAACAUAUAGACAAGAAUACAUAACCAGACAAGGGCUACAUGUAUACUUCAUUAAGCAUUAAUGUGUUCAUAGCUCAUAUAGUACCAGCGAACAAUAUGCUCCUUUUUAUUGCCAUAAUUUUUUUUUCUUUCCUUUUUUCUUAUCUUGACAGUGUGUCUAAGAGAAAUGCCAGUUCACACUCCCUUAGUCAUUAAUCUUCUGUCACACGUAGUAUUAUCUUGUAUAUCUAUAAAUGUGCAUUUGUCCAGCUAUGUCAUGAUAUUGUUUGCGUAAAUAUGCCUGUUACUGCUAUUGUGGCGACACGGGCAUGCUUGUAACAUGCAUUGCACAACAACAAAAAACAAACUGUAACCAGGUAUUGUUGGAAAGUCUGUCUGAUGGGAUAGAACGUGCUGUGGGUUUUAUAAUUUACAUCCUCAAUGUUUGUGUGUUGUUCUCACUCCAGGUCAAUGUCAUCCACACUGCCAGCAUAGCUGAAGCCCCCAAUCAUAUCGUGGCACAGCCGCAGUUUGUCAAUCCUGUACAUCACUCAUUCGUGGAUCUAUCUGGACACAACCUGGCGAAUCCUCACACAACAUCCGGUAUGUUCGAUGAGGUUCAGUCACCUUAAAUGUCUGUCCUCUCCGUCUGGGAAUUAAAGGGGGUGAAAUUGCACUGAUUAGGUUGUAGUGAGUAAAGAUGGCACAUUGCAGCGUCUCCUGUGAUGUGACGUUAUUGCCUGGUACUUUGGGAUUUAAAAUGUGAUUUCACUCCAGUUAAAUAUUCUAGAGAUCGACCGAUAUUUAUUUUUUAGAGCCGAUUAAUCUGUGAACUUUCAGGCCAAUAGAUGAUAACUUACCGAUAUUCUGUACAUUUACCAUUUUAAAAAAAUAAAUAAUUUCUACACAAAUCUACCGUUAACUGAACAUGUUUAUUAUUUAUUUUUUGCAAAUCAUUUUUUUUUUUCUUCAUUAAGGUAAAGGCACAAAAUACAUAUGCCAGUCAGAAUAUAUAUAUAUAUACACACACACACACAUAUGUGUGUGUGUGUAGUGGAUGCAGUGAGAGUAUUUUAGUAACUUUUUUUAUUUUUUUAUUAUUAUACAUUUUUUUUAAAGAUUUUGUUUUAUUCCCCCCCCUUUUCUUAUGACAUUACCUGGGGCGCACGGCACACUCUUACUUCCCUUUCCAGCAGCUCCCCUGUCUAACUCUCGCAGCCUGUAUGCCGUGCGGAGCAGUGCCAUUGUAACCAUUGGCAACGCACUGACAGCAGCAGGACUAGCGAGAUUUAGACAGGAGAGCUGCUGAGAAGGUAAGUGUGUGCUGGGACCCCCAGGACCCUGAUGGCAUGUCUGGUCUGCAUUAUCGGUAUCUUUAUUGGCAGAAACAGAUAUUGCUGAAAAUACAGAAUAUCGGCAAGGCCGAUAAUCAGUUGAUCCCUGGAAUAUUCUAUCCCUAACCCAUGGGAUGGCACAGUAAUUACAUGUACUACAGAUAUAGAUGGCCAAACUGAUACAAAGGCUCUAAAGAGCUUACAGCCCAAAUGUACUAGAUAAUGGUAAUAGGAGCCAUGGAUUUGUCUGACAGGUGUCAUUUUAGAGUGCAUUGUCACUUGGCCACUUAAGCAUCUCUUUAAGGAUUAUUUAAAGCUAGCUAGAGCCCUCUGCUGGGGUGAAAGUUAUGAUACAUUAAUUUAUGAUUUUUGCUGCAAAAUAAGCAACUCGUCAAUGUUUAUGCUGAGGAAAUUAGUUUGCUAGUGGUGUUUUAGCAAUUUAUUCAGAGCAAGGGGAUGAUUUCAAUUAAAAUGAAUUUUUGUCUUUUACCUGCUGCUAAUCCAGUGUUCUGUUCCACAGUUGUCCCCAGUGCGGCCACGAUUGUUAUUGUUGUUUGCGUCAGUUUCCUAGUCUUCAUGAUAAUCUUGGGGGUGUUCCGUAUCCGUGCCGCACACCAUCGCACAAUAAGAGACCAAGAAGGAGGCAAAGAGAACGAAAUGGACUGGGAUGACUCUGCUCUAACCAUCACUGUCAACCCCAUGGAGGUAAUGUCUACUUUCUGAUAACUAGCACUGUGACUCCAUGUAGACUGCAUAUUUGCAAAGACCCCUGACGUUGACUGCUCUGCUUGGUGCCCAGAGGCUGCGGGGUGCAGGGAAAAGGAACCCCCAUGGACAAAGUUUUUUUUCCCUACAGCCACCACUAAUGACGACUCUGGGAAAUGACACAACUUGACAGUAGUAGCUCUGCCUUUUGUCACAUUUUAUCAAGGAAAUAUACAAACUUUUUAUUUAUUAUAUAUGAUCGCUUAGAAACAUAGAAUGUGACUGCAGAUAAGAACCAUUUGGCCCAUCUAGUCUGCCCAGUCUUGUCGGCGUUAGUCACAGUGACUGUUGAAAUUUCAGUGAAAUAUCUCUUUAUGAAACACUUUUUUUGGGGGGAGAGAGGAGGGAUUGAUUGGGGUCCAUACCAUUUAUUUUUUCUAUUGCACUAUCUGUUUAUUAAAAGGAUUUACUGAGAAUACAAACAGAAGUGCAGUUUAACCAGCUGUUUGACCACUGAGUGUUCUCAGCUUUGGAGAAUUCAGAAAACAUGCUUUCAGACUUUGAUCUACUUUAGAUUUUUUCAGUCAAAUGCAUUAUUACAAAAAUAACAGCUUAACUGUCUGCAUCUUCUAAUUCUGUUUUAGACGUAUGAAGACCAGCAUAGCAGUGAGGAGGAGGAAGAGGAGGAGGAUGAUGAAGAGAGUGAAGAUGGUGAGGAAGAUGAUAUCACCAGUGCAGAUUCAGAAAGCAGCGAGGAGGAGGAUGGGGAACAGGAAGAAGACCAGCAGAACGUUAACAGACAGCAACAGCUUGAGUGGGAUGACUCCACUCUCACUUACUGAUUCCCUGCAGCCAUCACUAAGUCAUCACCGCUCCAUCCUCCAGCUGGCCCAGCGUGUAAAAGUCAUUCCAGAUGCUAAUUCCAACAGUGGAUCUGUUUGUGCCCGCUCCUCUGCCCUCCCAGUGGCUGGGGUCAUUAUUUUUACUUUAGUGUUUGGUCCAUUCUGCACUUCCCUUUCCACGUUCACUCCACCAGUGGAGACAACGCUGCUUUAGGACCUGGUUUUAUCAUUCCAUAUUUCUCUUCUGGAACAUUGCAAAAAUUUUGGGUUGAUGAGGGGGCACAUGGACUCCAAGUAGACUGGUGAUUUUCUUUUUUUUUUUUUUUUUUUAAUUAGUGCAUGUCAAACAUAUUGGCAAUAUGCCAAUCGAGAACCCCAUUCCCUGUCCAAGGGGGAAGGUUCUUCUGGCAGGGAAAGUGCUAAUGCUUCUGCUGUCUCAAGCGCGUAACCCAAAUCUGCAAGAGGCUGCUCUGCUGGGAAAGGGGGUUGGGGGGGUGUAGGUGAUAAACUAACUUUUUAAUAUUUUUGUAAAUAUAUUGGAAUCAAUGUUAUGUCCAUGUUAGUGGUGUAAAAGGAGUUUUGAUUGAUGGAAUGCAGGUUGGCAUAUGGGUGGCUAAUUGCACUUGCGCCAGUCUCUUGUGCAGCCUCAGUGAGGUGAUUUCCUUCCCCUCCCCCCCCCAGACUAGCAGCAUUUGCAGUCUCACAAUGGGGUAGUACCAUUUUGGUGCAAAUUCACUUUUGCGUGCCAGAAAAAAAAGCAUGAUGCUUCGAAGUCCACUCUUUUUUGGCACUUUAUACGUAUACCGUAUCACUCUGUAUUGGUACUUGUUACAACUGUGCCAGCAUAACCAACACGGUGAUCUGCUGCUGAGCUACAACUACAGAUGCUGACAGAGUAUUCACAGAUGUUGGAGUUCUGCAGCUGUUAAGUCACUAGUUCUAGAUCAGGAAAGACUGUCAAAUCGCCAGCUGCUGUGGAGGAUUAUUAGCUCGCAGCAGCUGGAAGGCUACCUGGUUUACUCCUGUUCUGUUCUUAAGAGCACAGCGUUGUAAUAAGUUAGUGACUGAUGGGUGCAGCCUCUAAAUUUAGAGGGUUCAGUUCCCCCACACAGCACCCCUGACCUCAGAGGGGAUUACUGCAAACGCCAGCAGCUGUAUUGAUAAAUCUCUUCAAUUGCUGCAGAGCAGGCAAGAUGCAUUAUGGGUACUUCCACUUCCCCAGUGGGGAAGGUAUGUUAUGUAAUUUUAUUUUUCCCGAAUUAUUCCCAUACUACUUUCAAGUAGCAAAGCAUAGCUUAAAUGUACACAAAUGGAAGAAUUGUUAUCACUGCAUCUUUUGAAGAAUUUGGCUGACUGGAAGUACAAAACAGGCUUUAAGAAUUUUGUUUACAUUUUUUGUUUUUUUCCCCAAAAUGGUUUAAAAAAAACCCAAAACACUAAAUUGUGCACAAUGUGUGUCCAGGAAUGCACUCCUCUGGGUUGCUGCAGACCUAAUGAAAUGUAAAAGCCUUUGUGGCUUGGGAUGUUUAGAUGGACAGGAUCUGCCAAUAAGCAGGAGGUACUUAACGUGUAUCAGAAUUAGCUAGAACCAUGAGCCAAACUGGAAUAGUCACAUGAGAUUCAUGUGGAUUACUGUUACAUUUCUACUUGAAUUUAUCCAACCAUCUUAAUGAGGUGGCUUUUUUUUUCCCCCUUUCUAAUACUCACUACAGAUAGAUAAUAUAGUAAGUGUCUAAAAUCAUAAAGACACUUUGUGCAUAUGAUGUGUGUACAAGACAGUCUUUGUCCUGCGCGGUUUUUUGAACUUAGGUGUAUUUGUCAGGUAAUUGGAAAGUGGACAUUAUCUUUGUGGGAAUAUUUUGGUCAAUGAUUUCAUAAUUCAGCGAGGAUUGGCUAAAAUGCCAGACAGAAACCUGAAUACCGGGUUUUUAGAAAGGGCUUGGCCCCUAAAUGCCGUUUGCUCUGCUUAUAUGAGAUUAUAAAUCUGUAGCUCGAAAGUGAACUGGAUCUUUUAUGAAAGUGGGUUAGGAGGAAUCAUUUGCAAUUGGUGGCUGUACCCUCCCCCAUACUGAUAUAUUCUCAUGAUUGGAGGAUAGGGGUCGUCAUAGGUACAAGGGUUAGGGGAGAGGGCUGUAAACUUUACGGUUAAGGCGUUUUUAUUUUAUACCAUAAAUGUAAAUUCUUAGAUUUCUACGUAAGGUAUUCAGGGGAGGGAAAUGGGUUUUAAUGAUUUAUGUGAUAAUGCUAUGAACAUAACUGCUAGCUCUUGUGUAUUCUGGGGAAUUUUAACUUAUUUCUGACAGUUGUCCUGUAGUCAAGUUGAUGUGUAGAUCUGUCCUACCAUUUAAUAUCACCAUAGCUGCUGUAAUUAGACUAAAAAAUUGCGACAUGAAACACUAUCGGUAGAACUUUCUGAUGCUGUAUGUAGCUGCAAUGAUUAUAACUUUUCAGAUUUGUAUAUUGGUGAUAAGUCAGUUUGAACAGUCUAUAAGCUACAAUAAAUUUCUGGUUCUAAACCCCAACUUUCACAGUUGUCUGUGUUAUAGUAGUUGUAAAGGAUGGUCUGAUCAAAGUAUACUCCUUUUAAAGGUCAAUACAGUCAUUGGAGGGAUCUGUUCGUCAACAACACUAGAAGCUGAGUUAUUCAAUGUGAAUUUUCAAAUGUACAGCCCAACUCUAAAUACUCAAAGUCUCCUUUGUUUCCAUUUUUGAUGGACUGUUGUGUAUAAUACGGACUCCCAUCAUGACUCUGCUCUGCUUCAUUUUAAUCUGCUUCGGGAAGACAUUUUCUACUCUAACAUAGUGCAAGUGUUCCAGCAAUCUGAUUUGUAUACAGCUCUAUCCCUUUGAAUGUUCCCUAAAUUUGCCCCUUCAAUACCAAGCUCUGUACAGUGACCAGCCUCAGAGUUAAUCUUUUUGGAAGCAAUGCACCUUACCCUGGUAUUGGCUAUAGCCUGCUUAAAGAAUGAUACCUAACUUUAACAUCCAUGUCUCCCCUGGCAAAUUGGACAGUAGCAUUGUAAUCUGACAGUUCUUUAAAAGCAGAUCACUUGCCAGGUUUUGGUUUUUAAAUUAUUUUUUUGUAUCCGUCUCUUUGUUAUUUAUUUCCCCAAAUUCACCUUUGUUUCUAUAGUUGUGCAUAAUGAAGGAAAUACUUUUUCUUAAGUAGAGCUUGGGCUUUGGCAAUGGGUAGUAUGUAAGCAUGGAG